GAGACCUCAGCAGUCAGUUAGCCAACAUCAACACAGUUGAACACAGUCAGACCUGAAGGAGUUUAACGAAGCUUUUCUUCUCUUUCUACAUCCACAUGCUGAUACCUGUCACCUGUCCUCCUUACAUGUAAGUACAGUUUAUGAGAACGUGAUGAAAUGUGAGGUUUAUUCUCUGCUUGUGAUGCAUAACUUUGUGUUAUUCGUGCCAGUGCUCUGCCUCCUCUGUCUGUGGGAAAGUCAGGAGACUUUUCUGCUCGAUGUGCAGCCAGCUGAACUUGACGGUCAUCUGUAGUUACACUUGUGCAAAUUAAAAAGAACAAUGGUUGCAUCGACCGUCAGCCUCUCUGUGCAGUAGCUCCAGCAGUUAGAGAAAACUUCUCUCCUCUGCAGGGAGCAUUUUCUCAGCUUUUUUUAAAAUCUUUUUGCAGUUUCACAAAGACUUCACUUGCGUUAGUGCCCCACAGAGGAUGUGGUAGUUUGUGCCCCUGUGACUCAGAAUAUCAGAAAAACAGCAUGUGUCAUUACCCUAUGCGUGCUUUCAUUGCAUACAUACUUCCUUCUCUUUUUGUGUCUGCUUUGUUUCCUCUAAACAAUGGUGUGUUUAAGCUGCUCUGAAGCAUUCAAACUCUCUUUUUCAGGCAUUUAACUUUUCAUCUGGAUAUUAACUCAGAUAUUGAGCACUUAAAUACCUGAUUUCAAAGCUAUGGUCCUGACUUAUCUAAUCCGUAUCUGUACAGAUAAAUCUGAAAUGAGUGAUUGGGGGAAGUCUCAACAUGGUGACGACUCGUAGGCAUCUGAAACCUGCCUGUUAUUCAUGAACAGAUCACAUCAUCCCUCUCCUCCCCCCGCUGUCAACUUCUUCAACUUCUUGCUGCUUUGCUCUUUCCCUUCUCAACUUGAUGUAAUCCUCAGCAGCUCCCUAUUCCUCGCCUUCCUCUGUCUUUCCUCUCCCACUCCUGCCCCCUCGCUCUCUUCCCUCACCCCUCCUCUUCCUCGCUGGGUUGCCAGAGCUGAAGUAAAAGUGAGUCCCAGUCUCAGCUGGCCUCCCUGCUGUGCGGCUGGUAUGGCUGAAUCUCCUCUGAACCACUCGUGGCCUUCUUUCUCCAAACUCUGGAUGAAGAGAUGGUCAUUUAAGAGAGGUAUGGUGGGAAUCUUAUUUUUGAACAGGGGUUAUACUUUGAGUUUUGGUUGGAAAGAAGUGAAGAGAGAGAGAGGAGGGUGCUGUUGUCCAGUACAGGUGGUGGAGUAGAUGUGACCUCAGGUGGAUGUGUGUGAGGUUGUUUAUCAGUUUGACCUGAUUUGAGUUUGUGGUGGAUUACGCUUGUAGUAUAUCAGAUGAGGGUAAAGUUUAACGCGUUAAUUCUGACUCUGGUUUCAUGUAAAAGUGAGAGACUUUUGAAGAUGUAAACUUUUUUGUGCUACUGCUGUAACCUGUAGCUUUAAAGGGUGUUUGGUGAGGCAUUCGUGUGACUUUUGAUGCACAUUUUAAACACAACUCAUCUUUUUAUUCAUCUUUUAUAGCCUCGCUCUGUGACAUGCAGAACGUAAAUUAUUUCAUGCUUUCUGUCCCGGUGUCUUCAUCUUCAAAGAAAUAUGUCCUUUUUUAUUCAGACAUGAAGGAGGUGUGUAGGAUGUUUCCAUUUUACUUCAGCUGUGGCGUCUGUGUUUUCCCGUGCUUGGAGAGAGAUGGAUUUCUGAUCAAAGAGGAUCAGUGUUUUGAUGUGUGCUCCAGCCUCUGAUCUGAUGGUCUCUGUAUUCUCCUUUUUCACCUGAACCUAACAUCUGUCAUACGCUCUCAAACACUGACUCACACUUGUGUACUAGAGAGAGAAUAACUCAGGCACUGAAUGAGCACAGUGACCUUCAACCAAACACUUCUGUCAUGGGCCAAUUAUAUUUGGUUUACCAAUGAAAAUGUAUAUAUAGACAUGUGAGAUUAUCGUCCCAGCAUCAUUUGAGAUGUGGGCUCAGUGUGGGUUUGGGUGUGAGAGCUAAAUGACCUCAACUGUGCAUGGGUGUUGAGAGAUCUUUGCUGUACAAGCUUGUCUGUGGUGGACAACCUUUUCUAAAUCCACACCUGCUGUGUGUGAACUCAUCAUGCCCAUUGUAAAGAAUCAACUGACCGUGUCAUUGUCAUGUCGCCUGCAUGCAGAUGUGUGUAGAGUACAGCACAGUGAGCUUUGGGCUGAGCACGUGUUCUCAUUUCCUGCUUCAAUGUCAGUCCACCUGAACUCUAUAUACAAGCAUCAGGCAUACGAGUGUGCUGUUUGCACUGCACAUGAUCACUUUUAUGAUGCUAACAUACAGUUCUGCUUUGGCCCUGACUAUUUAUGAAAUUUAAGUACUGUUUACUUUGUUUGAAUAGUUGUUCUCCUUUCAAUAAAACAUUUUAAGGGAUAUCAUUAUGCACACCAGGAGCAUGUAUGAACAACUUUGUGAUAAGGAGGAGCUCUCAUUAACCUAUCAGCUUGUUUCCAUUAUGAAAAACAGCCCAAGUCAUGACUAAACACAACACAAUUGAUAUAUCACCAGACGAAAGUGAAAAGUUAUGCUAGUUGUAACCCAAAAUCAAAAAUGUCUCCUAGAAACAUUUACAAUCAUUCUCCAUAUGACACCCCCUGUCCUUAACCUUCCUCCUGCGUUAGCUUUUACUACGUACCCACCAUGUUAAGGGUUGGUUUUGACCCGUGUCUUAAAUCAGCUGCAAAUGACACUAAAACAUUUCUUUAUCAUCCAGAUUGGUUCUCAUCUUAACGUUACCUUGUUAAGCUUCAUUAUCCAUGAAAAUAUUGAUUAUAAUAGUUUUUGUAGUGGUCCUCUGGGUCUUUCUUUGUCAGUAUAACCCUCACACAGAUGUCUAUUCUGAAUUGAUCUCACAUGUCUGGACAUGCCCAAUGUUGUUUAUUAUGCAGGGAAAAACAUGGCAAAACAAGAAUUUCCUAAAUCUCACAUGAAGAGAAGAGGAUCUGACUGUCAGUGUGGUGCACAUAUGGUUUUAGUUUUGCUGUAAUUAUUAGAUAUUAAUAUAACCGGGUCAACAACAACCAUAACGCGACAAGUGCCAUAAUUUUGAUAAGAGCACUUUGUAAUUUAGUCAAUUAAAUUCUUUUAGUUUUAUUUUGUUGAAAUAGAGGUUCCAGACAAAGUCAAAAAGUCUUGAUGCAAAAAAGCUAAUUUAGGUUCAUUUAAAAACAAAAAUGGGUGCAGACUCUAACACAGGAGGAAAGUUAAACAUAAGACUCUAUUUGGAAAGAAAACAGUCCUCCAAAAAAAAAAUGCAGCAGGAAAAAAGUGGGAAAAAUCUCAAGUGGAGCAGCAGAAGUGGAUCCCUCCCCUGCCACAAAGACAGAAGUAACACGAGUGGAAAUAGAUGAAAAACUGGUUUAAAAAUGAGUAAAUGUAUAAUGUGCAUUUGGUGUUUUACUUUGAAAACAUGAGCAAUAAUUCUAAGGGACUCUACUGAGGUGUUAAUGUAACUUAGUGAUUUAUUCCUCAAUAAUUGUCAUUCGUUUUAUCAUUUCGCAGACCUCCCUUUGUUAUGCAGAGCCAAACAGUGUGGAAGAAAGCUGACACUGACGGUGCCAAAACCGUUAUAGAGACCCCCCCACACACACACACACACACACACAGACACACAACUGAGCAUGCACACACACUCACAGUGUUUCAUCCUUGUGUGAUGCAUUAGCAGAUAUGAAAGGCCAACCAUAAAAGGCUACAGCGGCGCUACCAGAAAGCAUCAAGCAGCCACCGCAGCGUCUGUACCAAGUGUCUAAGUUUACACUUAGCAUGAGCAGGAUAUGGAUGCAAACAAACUCUCCUUCCAGCAGGAACAUUGCCAUACAGAUGAUUUAUUAAUAUAGAAAAUAGAUCUACAGUGUUUCUGUCUGUGUGUUUAUGUGAGCGCAUCUCUGGCUGUGCUGAAGAGGAGGGUGGAUGCUGCUGCAGACACAGAGCAGGACUCAGAGUGUGGUCUGCCUGCAUAUUAUCUCACUGCACAUCAAUACCUGAGGUCUUUGUAGUUAUACAAUACGAGCCUGACGGAAAAGGAGCUUCACAAAACUACCCCUGAAAAAGUCUCGUCGAAACAUUCACAUGCAUCACCACAAAAUGGUGGAGAACGCUGUGAUAUCACCAUGUAAACGCUGAAAUGAAAACAGUUACGCAGAAGACUCUUAGGUGUUAGUGGUGUCCCACAGAGCAUGUAAGAGAAGCCAUUUUGACUUCUUGUUGUUGUUGUGUUUGUAUCUUGUUAUGCUCGGUCACACAGUCUCACUUUCCACUUUACUUUUAUAAUUGAAAACUAGAAAUUGUUGUACGUUAUUAGUUUUAGUUCCACAUCUUACUACAUGCUCUUUCUCAAAGAAUCACAGAUAAAAUACGACAUUGAGGGUAUAGUAGCGAUAACCAGGGGCAGCGUAAUACCUCAUAGUGUUGAUCAUGUUUAAUCAAAAUUUCUAUCUUCACAAAGGGAACAGAAAGAUCGCAAAAUUAUCCGAGGAGAGUGGAGUCAGCCUUUGUGGAGCCAGGCAGGCUCAGACUGAGGCUCGGGUUCACGGGAGGUGUCCUGAAAAAAGUCUUAUGUAACCUGUUUUAGCUGUGGAUCUCCCCUCCUCAGAUGGGCAUAGUGUGGCUGAGCCCACACUCAGGAGCUUUAACAGAUAUUUCAGACCCCACGAGACACUGAGAGACUAAAACCUGACACAUAGUUAUAACUAAAAAGACUAAACUUCACAUUUACUGUCCCUUUCACAUAGCAUGUACUGUAUAUGUACAUUACUCAGUGUUAUUAGGCAGCUUCUCGGGCUGUUGAAAGCUCAGUGAGGGAAUAAACGACAGCUCCUCUUUCUCACAUGGAGAACACCGCUGGCUCACUAGACAGUGUGCAGUGGUGACAGUGGUUUGUGGCAUCAUGCAAAUCCAGGAAUCUGUUUAGGCAAUGGAAAUAUAAUGGAGCUCGGAGAAGAGGCUGUGACUAAACUCUUCCAUCUAACACGAAAUCACUCAAAGUGAUUACACAGGUGUUUAACAGCUGUUAAAUUCAGCUAGAUGUGCAUUUCUUUCCCCCCUCGUUUUGGGGAUAGAGAUUUUGCUUUUUUGGUGAUUCUUUGUACCUGACAAGCAUCACAUCCAUUUCUUUUCAGCAUCUGAGUGCAAGCCAUGUAGUCAGCCCGGUGGUUCUCCAGGUACACAACUUGAUGUCCAGCCACCCACUGCAGCAGGGUCUUCUUCCUCAUUGUCACCGGCCUCUAUACCUGAGGAUGUCUUCUUUGGGAGCAACAAUGAGGACCAGGUAAAACUUCUCUCUCGUCAUUUGGACCUUUACAAUUGCUGCUUGUUUUCCUCGCUAGUCAAGCUUACAUCAAAACCAGUAUGGUUUAAUAUCAUAAUUUCCAAUAAUUUCGUUGUAUGAAGUGCAAAUAAGCAAUCAUUAAACAUUGUUGGUGUGAGCAUCAAGCACAAAACAAGACAGCUGGUAAAGGCUAAGAUAAAGUAAUACAGCUACCCUGUUAAACUAGUUGACAUCAGUAUUUUCCACAGAUUUUCUUGUGGUGGGUGAGAGUGUGGAAAAGAGCAAAGUUGUUGGAACUCUUCUACAGUUUUGUCUCGUGACUUAUCUUUGAAAAGUCUUUUUUCUAACCUUGUUCUCCUCUCUUUUCACAUUUUUUGCAGGAUGCAUGCUCAGUAGUCAGUGACUACGACUGCCCUUUCACAGACGAUCUGCUGGCCAUCAGCUCUUCGCUCAAAGACUCUGAGUUCUUUAAAGACCUGGAGGGAGGGAUACCCACUCCACAGUCUACUGCAUCCACAAUAGCUACAGUCCCGCAGAGCAAUCCUCUCACUGUUGGCCCACAGGUGUCUCCAAACACGGACAGUCCUGCUAUCAAACAAACAGUACAGCCUCCUCUGACUGCACAUGGCCCUCAAAGCAAUGUACCGUCUCUCUGCUUUUAUACACACCCUAAAGAGGAACCUCAUCACAGCUUUGUGGUCACUCAGCUAAGUCCGACAUUACUGCCAGGCUGUAUCAUAGACAGUGGAAACUCCUCCGAACCUGCAGUGGGGCUUAGCUUGACUAUUAACCUGAAUGGACUCUUGGGAUCAAUGGAAACAGAGAAAGAAAUGAUGGAACCGGAGGAAACAAAGGACAAGCCCACUAUGGAUUUAGACGGAGAGCCAGACCUGGACAGCUUUCCUAUUCUGGUCAGAUCCAUGUCAACGUCUCGCAGGCACAGCUGGGGUGUUCCUGUGUCCCCAAUUAACUUGGGCAGAAGGUAACACUAAAAACUGCACCUGUUUUCUCCACUCAUGCCAAGAUCGUUUCAGUACAGCUGAGAGCUGAAAUUCAACUUUUUGCUUCAGCAUCUAUAAACAUUACUCAUCGUCACUCUUAAAAACAAAUGUGUGCUGAGCACUUCCUGUUGACUUUCACAGCCUCUUGAUUUAAACACUCAACUCUACUUUGGGGGCGAGAACAUGAACAGUGCACCAAAAUAAGAACUGAAACAGCAACACUAAAAUAAACACAGGACUUGAUGUGUCUCGCUGAGCAAUUUGGUUAGAAAAAUAGAUACAUGUCACUGCAUAGUAAUUCAUCCGCUGUGUGUGAUUGUUUGUUUCUAUUCUGUGUCACCAGACUGAGUCUGGACACCAUGAACAUGGACAGUGAUGGAGAGAGAGAAGAUGAUGAAGACAGGGAGAAGAAUCUCUUCCAGGCAAGCCAGCAGGAAAGCUGCGAAGCAUGUCCUGAAGAUGAGAUGGAUGGACCCAGACUGAGACCUUGUCCAAGACCCAGGGUCUGUAGUAUGAUAACAAAGAGAGGAAGCAGUGAGAGAUUAUAAAUCUUAGCUCAGGCCAAAAUACUGUCUUAAGAAUGCACCAAUUUUGAGUUAUUUUAACAGACUGAUGUGAUAUAAAGAAGAAACUGCUGGAAGUGUUACUGUUGUAUGUUGAAGAGUAGAGAUAAAUAAAUCAAACUCACAUGUCAUGUACAUUUGUGUUUAUUUUUUAAUGCUCACAGACUGGUGUCAUGUCUGGAAGGCAUCUGUACUCCCGCUCAGAGAUCCUCGCCACGGAUGAAUGUUCCCGUGCUGCACACAUCUCUCGUGUUGUCCAGACCUCCAAACAGGCCGCCAGGGCAGCAGGAGGUGGGGCUGAGUCUCUGACCUAGAGAACACACGUUAGUUUAUGCAUUUUAUCCUCAGCAAGUGGCUUUUUUUAAUGAAAAACCUUCUGUCUUGUCUGUAGCAGAGGAGUUCGACCCUGAAGAAAACCUGCAUUCUACUGAAGGGCAGAGCCACAUGUAAGUUUACACUGUUGUCAAUAAUGUAAAAUGGGUGAAUGUUGACUUUUUUCUUCCCUGUUAAUCACACCAGCAGCUUUUGAAUGGUUCGGUACAAUAGUUCACAUGAUGCUGUGUAGCUAUAAAUCGUCAUAGGCCAGUACAGUUUUCUCACUCCCACGUAACAGGGGGGUUUUCCCAGUUCCCUCCUGACAUUUCUGCUCCAUGUCAUACAUCUACAAGCCUCCUCCUCCCCCAGUCCUCUUUCCCAGCUUCUGAGAUGGCCUCUUAGUGUGUAUGUGUACGUGUAUAAUAUGUGUCUGGCAGUGAGGACACAGCCUACAAGGGAGGAUGGCUCUCCUCUUUCCUUUCCUUUCCUUUCCUUUCCUUUCCUAUCCUUUCAUCUACACCCCCCACUCAGCCUUGGUGUCUUGUUUGUCUUAGGCUGAUGGUACAGAAAGUUCUGCAGGAGCUAAAGCUGUACCACGGGUAAGUAAACAGGAGGUAGAGGUCUGUUUGCUCCACCUUCUACCGCUCAAACACCUCCUCAUGUCUAGAGCAACAACAGAGCCAGAUUGUGACUUGGGGAACGGGGCCUGCACUGUUAAGGAGUGUUUACAUGUAUGUGCACGCAUGGUUUUGUCACGUGUUUGCAUGAACCUGUUUCUGCAGUGCAACGCCGUGCAAAUUGUCCCUGAAAAUGGUCUUGGGAACACUACAGUUUUCUUUGAUUUCAUUAGUUUUGCCUUCCUCACAGCUGAUUAAGUGACACGAAUAUUGUCUUCAAGCAUAUUCCACUCUUGGAUUGGUUUUAUUUUUGCCACCACUGUUUCACUACAGCUGUGAUAAACACCGCAGAGGUCUGACCAGUUGGAAAUCUGUCUUUCUAUACUGACUUUACUUUAUUGUUUCUCUCCAGAGCAAAGCACAGCAACAACAAAUCAGAAACCAAAGAUUCAGGAAAUGUCACCUGGUAUGAGUUCCUCUCCAACGAGUAGGUGCAUCAUUGUUCCCUUAUCACUAAAACUUGAUGGAAAUUUUUAAGACACCACAUUUGUUUCUGCUAAACAGUGUGUCUUACAUACCAGCUGAAUCGCUUUUUACUGACCAUCUAUACGAUGACUUGAUGUAAACCAAAGAAAUGGAUCAUCUAUAAAAGCUUCAAAUUCAAACACUCCAAUAUAAUGUGCCUCUCCAACUAAUUACCCAGUCAUGUAUCUGUCUCCCUGUUUGAUUGAUUUAAUUUGCAAUGAUGUCUAAAUGUGCGUUCAAGUCAGAGUAUUAUGACAACAAUCACAAAACUUGCAAAAGACAUUCUCAGUGUCUGAUCAGCUGCUUCUUUGACAAGGAAUGAGGAAGAGGAAGAUCGUACAGAGAAGGUGGAGAAGGGCACCAAGGUGAAGAGGACUCUCAGCUCUCUGAGGAACAGGAUGACAGGCUCAUUCAAUAAAGAUAAGGUAAACUUAAAGCACAGGGACAUGGUGUACGGCACUGUUUUGAAUUCAUGGUGGAUUAAAUAUUAUAUAAUCAUAUAAUAAUAACAUACUGUGCUGCAUUCACUGCAGUGGCAUUAUAACCUGAUCAGCAUUAAAAAAUGCAAACGUUGAUGAAUGACUAAUGUGUAGUUUGUGUAAUGUUUCCGCUUUUUGCAUGGUUGUAGAAAGGUCGUACUCGUUCAUACAGUGUGUGUGGAAAAAAAAAAAACACACAAACAUGCAAAAAUAAUUCUUUUUUUCUUUGCUCUUCUGCAGGGUAAGAAUCGAGAUAAAGAGCAGUCUAAGGACAGAGGGAAGGAGAAAGAAGCCAAAGAGAAAGUGUGCACCCGAAGCAGUAACGGCCAUUGUUUGGUGCCGGGUGCUUUCUCUAGCUGUGCUACCUGCUCACUGUGCAGCAAGACCCUGCAGAAAAAGCAUGGCCUGCAGUGCAUGAGUGAGUAAAGCCCAAACCACAGGGGUAUACACACACACACCCACCCACGCUUGUUCUUGGCCUGACACACAUUUGCACAGGUGUUAUGCUCUCACACACAAACUUGCAUCUAUUUAUACCCAUGCUACUCCACAAGUGCACACUUAAGCUCUGAGAUAAACUAACAAGGUCACACACACACGCACAACAAGUAAUUGUAAUAAACACGCAAAACAUGACGAUGAAUUCAGGAAACUGUCUUUAUGUUGCAACAACUGACUGCGUACUGUCUGCAUCAGAACGACAGGCCAAUGUCUAUAAUGUUAUAUAAAUGAAAACAGUUUUUGUUUUUGUUGCCGGGACUUUCACACAUUUCUGCUAAAAAAAGAUGGUGCCUCCUUCCAGUUCCUCUUUAAAGCGUUCAAAUUAGGGAAGUAUUACAUACCGCAUCGACAGCUCUUGCUGUAUUUCUACACUGCACAAUUUUGUAUGGUUUUCUGUGAGCUCACUUGUUUGAUGUGUUAUCAGAUAUAUUACCACCUCCCUCUAUCAUUUCUUCAUGUGAAUCAACAGCCUGUCACCUCUGUGCCUUUUGCUUUAGAUUUUAUAUGUUUUUUUUUGUGUUGGAUUAACUCUUUUGAUAGGGACGUUUCAGUCGUGAUUUUUCAAGAGGGAACUGAAAAUGUUGUGUUUAAACACCCCUUGGCACCACUGCUUUUCUACUGCUUUUAAACUGCAGCCUGCAGGUCAGCUCAUAAGCCUGAAUUAAGUCUUAAAACACAUUUAGAAGUGUUUGUAAGUGAAAUACAGUAGAAAUUAUAUUUUGGAGAGUCGAACUGUGUGACAUUUGUCACUGGAACAUCAAAGACAUCAACUUUGGCCUACAGUUUUGCAUGUAUUUUAAUACAUUUUUAAUAAUGCAUGGCCCACUCUUUUCAAAAGGAUUUAUGUGUUUGUGCUAAAGUGACGAUUUUAGGACCAGCAAAUACACCGAGUAAAGAUUACACUGCCAGAAUGACAUGCUAGUUAAGCAGCACACAUUUAUUUGUAAAUUUCAUCAUUUGAAUUUUAAUUUGGUAAUGUUUAUGAAACAGCGCUCAUCUUAACUGCUUUAUUUUUAUGUCUAAUCUUUUUUUAUACAUUACAGAAAAAAAGCAUGUUAGAUACAUUUCAGAAUUUUUCAGCAGUACUUUCAUGAGCCCACUAACAUUGUGAUACAAGUGAUACUUUUUUACUUCUGUUGGGAGUUUUCUUAUGACAUGGAUGAGGAACAAACCACUGUCUAAAAAUGUCUCUAUGCCACAUGUCUUUUAAUAUGAUCUUAAUGUCUAGACCGAUUUCUCAGUAGCCAUGUGGUGAAGUGGGGAAGUAUUUAACAUCAACAAAUCAAGUUCCUUAUAAAUAACAAGGCAACAGAACAUGUAAUGAUGUAAUGAAUUCAUUUCCUUGAAGCUGGACUAUUUCCAGCAAUAUAAGUAGAGUGCAGUAAGUCAUUCAGUGCUACCGCUUUAUUAUUAUGUCAUGGCUUUAAAUGAACAAUUCCUUGCUCCUACUAUUUUGUGGGAGACAAGGGCAUUACAUGUCCAGAAUAUUUAUAAAUCUUGCCGUCUGGCAGCAGGAGAUUUAAUGUAUGAUUGUUUUUAGCCGUAGGGGAGAGUGGGGUAAGUUGAGCCAAAGGGUAAGUUGAGCCACCCCCUGUUGCUUGGAAAUGGUCAAAGGAAUUGAUCAUGUGACCAAAUAUUUAGGAGAUGGGCAUCAAUUCAUGGAGUCUGUGAAGGUUAGAAGCACAUGGGUGAAGGGGUUCGACAUUUAUUUCCAAAAAAACAUUGUUUACUCUUGAAGUGAAUUUAGUCUGUCAUAAGUUUUAUUAGAAUUGUGUUCAGACCAAAAAAGAUCAUUUUAAAUUUGUUUUAUGCUAAAUUGUGGUAUCUAUGAGCUGCAACAUGAGGUCAAAAACUGAGCAUAAAAGUCCACCAUUUUAGCUUAGAGGACUAAUAAAGUCAUAAUAGUAGUUCUGGGGUAAGUUGAACCAUUUGGCCAGGGGUAAGUUGCGCCAAUAGCUCAACUGAGAAGGUAAAGAAGUAUGAUGAAAGGAUCAGAGCUUCAGUUCAGAUUGUUGAAAUGUGUUACUUUUUCCUAUCAAAAAUACGGCUGCGAAUUUUCUGAAGCAGUUAUACGUUAAUAAAAAGAAUUAUUGUACCAGUUGAAUAGAGUAUAAUAGAUAAAAAUAUACAUAAAUGUGAAGAAGGGACUAUUAUUUAGGCAGAGAGAAGGUGAAGGAGGGCUGGGGUAGAGAGUGGAGGGGCAGUAGGGAUACGGCUCAAUUUAUCCCAAUCCUAUGGUCAACUUAACCCAUAUACGAGGUAAGUUGACCAUAGGAGACCACUUUUUUUUGGCAUGCUAUAUUAUCAAGACAGUUAUGUUAACACUCAUUCUGUUGGUUUGCAGGGAUGCACAACAUCUUGAAAUAUAUGCAAAUACACUAGUUAGAGACAAAACUAUGAUUGUCUAGAUGUAGUGAUCUGAAAUAUGAAAUAUGUCUCAUCUUACCCCACUCUCCCCUACUUUCUAAACAAAGUCCACAGUUGUUCUGGCAUGUUUCAAAAGGUCCAGGGUACCAAACAUCUAUUAUGAUCCAGACUGCAUCUAUACAUCAAGCAGAAACCAUUAACAAUCAAAUAACUCCUCCAUUUAUCAAGCAUGGCCGUUAAGAAUUAUUAAGUGUGCAUUUUGACACUUUGACUUCCACUUCCACUUACCCCACGAGAAAACAAGUGAGUGUCCCUUUAAUUUGAACCAAGCCCUGUGGGGAUUCAGCAGCCGACUCUCAGCCUGGAAUGCUGCUUCGUCGUUUGAAUGCCAGGGAACACAACAAAAAAAAAGAAACAACAAUGUGGGACACUUGUUGCUGUUGAUAUCAAUGGCCAAACUUAUGAAUCCACCUAACGGAAAAACUACUGAACCUCUCGGAUGCAGCUGAGUUGGAUAAACUUGGGUGUCGUUAGGACGGUAAGACUGAGAAACUGGUCUCCAGCGGGAUCAGGUGGAGGAUUCCCGUUUGUUUCGCUCAAUGGACUUUUCGGGCAUCCUGACCGCUAGCUUAGCAGUUUAAUGCUAUCAUAGCCACCCAACGGCUUUUUAUGUUAUCUUUGUGACGGCUCUGACUUAGUUUGAUAAUUACUGAAACUUCUCAAGUCCUACCUUGUCUGUGUUGACAAAACAUGCACAAAAUAUAUCCCUGUAACUCGCAUCACAAAGCUAGCUGUCGAUUAGCCACUGAGCGCUAGCCCGUUAGCCCAACCGCUUCCAUUUGAAAAACAAGGGUAUUUGGAUCAGCAGUGAGCUUUAAUUAGCUUUAAGCUAGAGUUUAGAGAAACGAAGGACACCCUAUAUAUUCGCAUCUGAAUUUGCUGCAGUCUGUCUUUGGUUUUGCUUUUUUUAACGUUCUGGUGUGUUUGUUUCUACUUUUCCACUCUCUGUAAACUAUAAAGCUCAACAGGUGGAUGCUAGCUAACAUUAGCCUGUAAGAGAUAACGUGUUGUGUAGACAAAGUCAACCGAGUGGUUUUUGCAACCUGCUCUUAUAAUAGCCUUUCAUAGCAUUGGUACAUUAUAAAAACAUCUUAAUAGAAACUUUAUCCGGUUGUUUAAUCGCCUCAGGUCGAAGCCACUGUCAGUGAAUAACUGUGUGGAGUAUUUGUUGUCCUCUCAGCCCGUUAUAGUUCAGACUAGGCUGACCGGUUUGAUAAUAUAGUAUUCCCCUGUUCCCGUCGUAUUACAUUCAUUGAUGAGUGUCAAAUUCUUGACUCCUUUCCUUUUGUUUCCUCUGACUGGGCUUCUCUCUUACUGGGUCACAUGGAGCUAAUUGUGCUUGGCAGGUCUGCCGGUGCAUAACAGCCCACUCCACUGACUCUGGGUCUCACCCAUCUCACCCUGUUAGCACACCACUUGUCCAUGCAUCACUGCUUUGCUUCCAGCAUGCUUGCCUCUCUGGGUGUUUGCCUUGAACACGAAUUAAGGCCUGACUGCCUCCACGUCUCCUUAGAAUACUUCUCUGUAGAUUUUCCCUCUUAGAACUGUUAUUACAACUAUUAUGAUCAGCCAGUUCUUGUCAUGGUGUAAUAGAUCUAAUGACAGGAUGCUUACCCCACUCUCCCCUACUGAAUGUUUAAUAAUGAAAAAAAAAAGAUCACACUUCAGUACACAAACACUCACAACAUCCUUAAAAACAAAUGCAAAAUAGAGUUAUCAUCUGUCUGAUCAUGUCAACAAAAUCUGAGGAUGUAGAAGCUUCCUGAAAGUAGAAUUUAUGGUCUGUCUGUUAAAUUGAAUUGCUGUAGUUAACCCAGGUGCUCAUAAUGUUAUACCUGGUUGAUGUAUUUCUGCCUCAGUUUUCCCCUAGCAUGAUCCUUACGCAUCAUACCUUUGAUUGUGAUUAUGACCCUUUUUGGGAAAGAGGAGUGACCAGCAGAUAUCUUUCCCUGCGCUGACUACAAAUCCCCUCAGGCCUCAGUUCUUCUCUUUCACUAGCUGCUUCAGAGCCUUCCUCAGGAGUCGAUGUUUUUGUCACUGAUGCGUCAGGAAUUUAAGGUAACAUUUUGCACACGUGCAUGCAUGGAUGCAUCACAUAGGAAGAAGGCAGUGUUAGUUGUUGACUGACUACUGUAACAGAGUUAUACUUUUACCCAGCUGUUGUGAUAUUGUUUCUUCUUUGUUGCUCUGUACCACCAUUUGUGGCAGAACUGCAAGCACACAAGGGUCUGAGACGGAUUUAUUCUGCAACAAGAAUAGUAUGAGGAAACCACAGAAAAUAGUUGGGUUAACCAGAUAUUGAGGUUACUUCCCUUGAGAUUAAGGAUGCACUGAUGUAUUGGUUGAACAGCGAUAAUGGCAAAUAUCAACGCUGUCGUUGACUGACAUAGCACACUGGCAAAUAAUGUGUCAUGAACUGAUGACAGUAGCCAAUGAUAUGUAUCCUGUAGCAUACGCUCUGUAUAUUCAUCCCUGUGAAGUAAUUCUGGGAAGCUAUUAACCCUUACUGCAUUUUCAGAGGAUUUUUCAUUCAGCAGAAGAAGUCCCCUGCUGGACAAAAUGAUAUUAUUUAAAAAUCAAAUAUAAUAAGAAAUAUGUGCAGUGCAGGAACAUGCAAAACCUCUGAGAAAGAUCAGUGACAUGCAGUGUGUACGACAUGUUCCAUAAACAUUUAAGAGAUGCGUUAAUGUGGACGGAUAUUGUGAAGUCUGUACACUUCCACAAUUCAUUGGAAUUAGCCUGCGAAGCGAUUUCUUUGGAAAUUCUAGCUACACCCACACUGAAUCUUGAAUUUGACAGGCUAUAUGAUAAGACCCUCAACUGCCCUGUCGUCUGAGUUAAUAUUUACCCUGGAAACCUCCACCUCCUCCUUUAGCUCAGCUGAAUCCACCCUCCUGUAAGAUAACAAGUGAAUACUCUUGUUGUUUUCUUGGAUAGUUUCUUUUCACAGUGGUUUGCUAGACGUCAAAUGUAUUUCUGGUUCAUCGACUGACUUACCAAACUGCACAUUGCUACACACCACAAAUGUGCUUUUUGUGUGAUAGGGAAGUCACCAGUCAGCAGAUGUUGGGUGUGGUGGUGGUUUUUGACGGGGGCUGAGUGUCCCGUGGAAUCAGCUGCAAAACCACAGCACUGCUGCUGACAUGAUGACAGGGUGACUGGAAGUUAUCACAUCGCUCAAGAGCGGCAGAGGCGGUCAACACUUGUCUGUUAUGUCCACCUGAUAAUGAGAAGUCCCUCUGACGGUUUAACGCAGGCCUGAUGCGUGGACAGUGCCUUCCAUAAUUUUGUUUUUUAAGAGGCUGUUGUAUAUUUUUACCCAUGUUUCUGUUGCCAAACCCUGAGGUUGUCCACAGCUGCUGCAAAUUGUGAUUGCUGACUGGUUUUGUGAUAACAGCAAACAGAAAAAAACAGUGUUAUUGCUGAUGUUGGGAUGUUUUUACUUGCACUCAGUAGGAAUCAUUUUAAAUGCACUUCCUGCAUUCCCAAACAGAUAUAGCUUAGUUUUAGUUUCAUCAGUGAUAACCUCUAGUGAUGUUGUUGCACUGGUAUCACUUUUUAUUCCAGCUAAAUCUGCUCACCUAUCAGUUUCUCUUAUCUAGUCCUGUUCUUCGUAAUGCCUUUGCCAGCCCUUUCCCAUCAGUGCAUUUCAGCUUUGUUAAAGAUGGACUUCAGGCUUGAGAGAAGCUUUAUUAGACAGUGAAGGAUGUUGGACUGUUUUUCUUUUUUGAAUGAAAGACCCGGCCUCACAGUGAGUAAAUCUCUGCACGUUAGUUUGCCAAGUGGAAAACUCGGGAAUUCUCUGGCUGCUUGACUGCUGAUGAGUCUGUUGGAUUACCUUUGAUGACCUUUGUGUCCUUCUCUACAAGUAAAAAAAAAAGAAAACUCUGUAGUCUCAGGAAUGAGUGCAAUUAGAUAAGUAAUGAAAUUUAUUAAAAAGUGUCUGAAUAAAAUGUUUCCCGCUAACAGUUCUGGACUGACCUAUGUCUGUGUUGGAUUCAGCAGGCUCUUACUGGUCCAGAAUUAAGUGUAGCUCUGCAGGAUCCUGCUCACUGAAAGAAACAGCAGCACUGCUGCUGAAGAUUAUUCAGAGGCCACUUUCUGUUUUCUUUUCGCUCAGCUCAGCCAGCAACUGUUCAUUUAUUACUAGAAAGAGGGGGGCAGGCAGGGGGCAACAGUGAGAGAUCAUAAGCGAUUUGAUGUAGCAGGAAAGGUUAGGACUGGGUACAAUAGAUUGAACAAUAAAGUAGAAAAUAGACUAGGUCAUCAGUUUCUGUGAAAUAGUCUUUAUUUCUCACCACUUCAACCACACUAAACUAUUACUGUCUUUCCUGCCUACCUACAGAGACGAGGUUUUUGGUCAUUGUCUGCUUUGUUAGAGCACACAGUAGAGGAGAGUGCAGUAGAGGCCUUUACUGUAGACUGUAGAGCAGUUAGUGGAAGUUACUAGUGUGUUGUUCACUGCAGCACCGCCUUUGUUAACAAGCUAUUCAGUCAGAUUCAAAUAAUUACCAGACUGUCAAGUGUUCAGUGUUAAGAAACAUCUUUAUUUUGUUGCUUGUUAGAGGGUUGAAGUUUAUUUAUUUAUUUAUUUCUGAGUCAUGAUAUUUUCCAGUAUCGACCCAGUAAUUCAGUCAGCUGGAUUAUGUUUUAAAUAUUUGCUGCUGGAGAUCCGACAGUUGAAUACGCCAACCCUCUUUCCCCUGAUCAGCUGCUACAAAAAGGAGCGUCUCCCCUUUUUUGUGUGAAUAUCCAUUUUUGCACUUGCACACAUCCCAAAUAUAUUGUGCAUUGAAGGCCAUGUGUUUCUUGUCCACGUCAGCCUGGUUUUCCUGGCAGGGUUGGGAACUGACUUUGCAUAGUGCUAACUUUAUUUGUUUAGUCACCCGGGAAAGCUUGUGUUGCUUACCUUAUACAGUAAGUAGCCAGGCUGAACGAUUGUUUUGUUUUGUCUGGCUGGUAAUUUAGUAAAGUAUGGAGGAGAGAAGUCAGUCACUGCUGCAUGUUUUAUGAAACAGCUCCAUGUAUGAGAAUCAGCUGGGAUACAUUCAGGAAUUGUAUUUGAAACUGAUAAGUAACAAGGGGGAUCAUGACCCUGCCUAUGCUGUGUUUUGUGUCUUACAAUGGCAAACAUUAUUCAUUUGAGUUACCAGGUCAUUUGUGUUUCUUCAAUCUUAAAUUUGAUGAUGAUGAAAACUCAGUACAAAAACAAAUGUUUGACAUGCUGAUUCUCAAUAACAGCAGCUCUGCCGCCCUUCAGGCGUCUGUUUCAGCACCUGAGCAAAGCUUUGUCUGAAUCACAGCAUUUCUUUCCCCAACCCUGCCUUUAGGGGUUGCUGGGUUGCAAUUUCAAACAUGGUUUACUGUUUCAUUGUUCCUCAUCCACUACUGUCUCGGUGUAUUCUGUAACCACUAACUCUGUGCUUGUGUUUUUCAGAUUGUGCUGUAAACGUCCACAAGAGCUGCAAGUCUCUGCUGGGUGAGUGCACCAGCAGCAAGAAUAAGGUAAACACCGCCACACUACGCUAAGGGCUACUAUAACUAAUGAGAUGACAACCUUGCACUAUUACUUUCUUAGGGUACUUUAACUGGUUAUGCAGGUGUAGGUGGUCAAACCCACCCUCAGUAGACAAUGACCUUGAAAGUGAAAGAAAAACCAAACUCAAAACGAAGGUUUGCAUCAAUCAGAGCUUUGUUUACCAGCAGAUACAGGAUAGCAUCAUGGAUACCAGUGUUAUGAUAACAAGGCUGUACACCCCAAUGGACUGAGAUCAUUCUUUUUUCUUAGGGAACUGUAGUUCUGAAUAAUAAAGCACAUGUUCAGUAACUCCAGCAGCUUACACUUCAGCCCACUCCAUGCAGGAUGAGUAGUAGCCCUCAUCUUCCUUUUUGCAAAUGCUGCUGACUCAUGAUGUAUCAACCACAUAAAUGUGACAUCUGAUGUAUGGAUUGGUCUCAGCUAACCUUCAUUUCAAUAAAACCCAAACCAGCUUUGUGAUUCAGGAUGUUCCAGUAUUGAUCUAGUUUUAUACAAACAAAGACAGGAUGAUUGUGACUCUUGCUCUAAAUAGAUUUCUCCAUCUUUGGCCUUUUGUUUUUGGUAGUCUUGCUAAGUGUACCUGUAGGGUCAAAUUUAAACUCAUUGUUCUGUGAUUUUAUACUGUAAGAAAAGGAUUCAGCCCCAAAUCUUUUAGACUUGGUGAAGGAGGACGACAGGUGUGUUAAAAUGAUUGUGCUUAGUUAUAUUUUAAUCUUUAUCCAGCACCAUGUUUUUACAAUUGAAUAAAGGCGCCUACUGCACUUGAAGCCAAAGCUGUAAUUAUGCUCUUAAGAAGGUGUAUUUUAGCUAUCUUUCCACGUAGCAACAAAGCCUGCACAUCCAUCUACCUUAGCACCUCAACUGAGAAGCUUAAAUCCAAUUUUGGCAGAGCUUUGCGUUUUUUCAGCGGAGGACGUGUAAGACAACCUGACUUCAGAUUACACACCUCUGUCCACUCUUAUGAAUCUGUCUGAGGGGGACUUGUUGGCCGUGUGAGCAGUCUGGUCUAUUUGAGGAGGAACAGAAAAGAGUGUAAUUUUUAGACAUUUUAUAAUCUGUCACUCAUCUGAUGAAAGCUUUGGAGAAGUGUCUUUUUAAAAAAAUGCUCUGUCUUCUUUAUAUCUUCCCUACAGAGAGAGACUCUUACAAGAACUGGCUCUACAGGAUCGCCGAGCCUUGGUAAGCAUCAUGUGUUCAUACAACUCAGCCCCUUUAUGAAUCUUUCGGACCAGAGUUUCAGCUGCAUUCUGGGAGGAUACACUGAAUAUAUAAAUAAUGAUUGCAGUCCCACUUUUGCCAAUUAAAAAGCUGGUUGCCUCUCUGGGGGUCUUCAGAGGAUUAAAAUCUCUACAUGGAAACAUCCCUUUGCUUUUCCUCAGUGUGUGCGUGUGUGUGUGUGUGUGUGUGUGUGUCAGCUUACACACUAAGCCUUAAGGGAGAAUUCAGUUUACAACAGGAUACUCUGCAGUGGUGAUGAUUAUCAGUUUUUAAGGGGAGACAGGUGAUUUAUUUAAAAGGAUUUUUCAUUUCUACAAUAUUUUCACUUUAAAACUGUUUUGAUGGAAGACCUUUUGACUCCUUUACCUUCUAACCCACGAAAUUUCAAUCAGUGGUAAUUGUAACUUAAAGCCGACUCUCUUACGUGUGAACAAACCCAUUGGAGACUUGAGUGGCUGCAGCAGUGGCGGCUUAAGUUAAUCUUCUUUGGCAGUUGUUAUUCUCUUUUGAACAGCUGGAAUCUGUCCAGCCGCACCUCGUCUCUCCUCAUGUCCUUCUCUGGUCAAUCAGUAGCUUGGUUUGCACAUGAUGCAGAGGAUAGAUGUUGGUUUUUUGUCAGCUUUGUCUAAUCAAACUGCAUCGAAACGGGGCAAAGAAGCACCACCACUUCUCCCAGCUUGAGACGAUGGAGCAAAUAGUUGUAAACAGUCCACAAAACCAUAGUGGCCUGUUAAAAUUGCUACAGGAUUUAGAAAUCAUCCCUCUCUCUUCACCUCUUUCAGCCUCAUCAUAGAGUCUAUUUAGUUCUGUUUGUGUUCAGAGUAUAAAUGCAUGUUUUUCCAAUCUGUGCAUCUAUGUAAGAUGAACAAAAAUUCAGAUCUGUCAGAUAACUCCAGUUCUUCUUCCAAACUCUCCCAUGUCCUCCAUUCAACUGUCUUUCUUCUGUCCUUUCCAGCACUGAAAGACCGGGAGAGAGAGCGAGAGCAGUCAGGCCCAGCCUCAUCACAGGGCCUGAAUGGCCAUCCUGGUUUUCUCAGCACCCCAGGCAUGACCAUUAGUCAGUGGGGACCAACCAGUCAGCCAACUGCCACCCAUACCACCAGCUCCACUGCAGCCCCUUCUUUCAGCGCUGGUCACAGCCUGCGUCACCACAGCAGCUCAGGGUGAGAGCAUCUUCUUUGUCAGCGAGAGUAUUUAUUCAAGUGAAAGGCAACGUAGCUUUUUCCCCUGAAACUAGUAAACCUGUCAAAAAGAUUCUGAAGGUGAAGAAGUUUAAACCAACAAAGAUGAACCCCUGUUAACGUUUACAGUAUCUACUGUAUGUUAAUGCUGGAUAUUUUUAGAUACUCAGCCGCUUGAGUACUAUUUUCUCUGUGCUAUCACAAGAUGUGUAUUUAUAGUUGAUAUAUCAAGGCAGGCUGUCUUUACUAAUAUAAAAGCCUUUUGAAAAGGAGUCUAGACGGUUCCCAGAAGCGGACUAUUUUUUUCCUGUGCAUUGCUAGGAAAAGUAUGUGGAGAGAUGAGGAGGAAGAAGGAGAGAGAAAGAGAGAGAGACAAAAGCAUAGGGUAGGUGAAAGCAGGCACAGACGGCAGGUAGCCACAGAUGAGCAACAAUAAGUAGGAAAGAAAAAUGUAGCUUCUUAGGUAAUUCUUUUGUGUCGAGGUUUAACUGAUUGUUUUGAGGCUUUAAAUGCAAAUGUGGGCUGUUCAGGCUGCUAUCAGCUUGUGGGAUUAAGUAGUGUCUGUGUCAGCAUGUAUGCCACCUUGGACCUGUGGUUGUCAUCCCUCAGAUCCCUCCCCGGGGAGAUGGAUGAGACAGAUGCUCUCCGCUCCAAACGCUACAAUGAAGAUGCCAUUUCCCUCGCCCCCUCCACCACAGAGUCUAUCAUCGUUGAAGGUGAGUUAACCCAAAGAUUUGGGGGACAAGACCUGGAUUUCAACACUUGCACUUUGAACUGAACUGAGGGAGUUUUUUAGGUGCUAACAAAACUUUCUGUCAAUCUGUUUAUUCCUCUGAGAUCCAUGCAGCUGGAGUGCAGAGUUCUUGUUAAUCUCGAAGGAGUUUUCUCAAAUCCAGGGAGGAGAGGGUGUGGGGUGUAUUUUGUGAAGUCAGGAGUGACCUCAGCCUCUCUCAUUAAGCUGGAUUGUGUGGGAGAGAGUGGUGCAGGCUAACUUGAAACUAGCAUAGCCACUUAAAAAGAGAAACAGCGCAACACCUCUUUCUACCAGCUUCCUUGUUUCUGUUUGGUUUUUGUUUGUCCACCUUGUUUGGCUUUGCUGAUAAGGUCAACGAAGGUCAGGUUUUUUUAAUGCUAAUUCAGCACUGCCAAACCUGUAAGUCUGCAAUGAACUGCUUCGAACAUUUAUAUUCAUUUUUGGCUUUCCCUAAAGGCACAUCACGCAAAAGUUAUCACUGAUUGGUUACAAUUGAUAGAAAUUAAAGACGGUUAUGUAAAGGUUAUCUAAAGACAUGUUACUUGUCGUCUUCUACUGGAUGCUGUAUGUAUACAUGAGCCACAAUUACUUCACAGUUUGUGUCCAGAAAGGGUUUUUAUAUUUGACUUUUCUUUUUUGCUCAUUAUACUUCUGAAACAAAUCAGUAUUUUUGAUGUCUCUGCUCCCUUCCUCAGAUGCUCACUAUGCGGCAGUGCGGGCUGAUCUGGAGUCUGAUGCCCAGGACCUGGAGGCAGAGUCAUGGAGUAUGGCAGUUGACCAGCAGUAUGUGAAGAAGCACUCUAAAGACACGGUGAAGAGACAGGAUGUGAUAUACGGUAAGUUUAGUCCCCUCCAUGAAACGGCUGUCACGGAUGUUGACUGUGUUGCUGAUCAGAAGUGGACAGUUUUGAUUCACUGUCAUCCUGGUCUAUCAGGGCUGCACACACGCUGAAAGUCAUCUCAACCGCAUUACAUUGUGGACCAUUUUUGGAAGUUGAACAGACAUUUAUUAUCAUUAUUAAUGCAGAAGAAUUAGUCUUUCAUAUUUUCAACUCUCUUUCUCUGCAUUCAAACCUGGUCCUGGUGAAAAUCUGUCUGGUGUGUUAUGCUUUUUGAAACUUAUUUAGCCUCAGUCAGAGAGCUGUCUCUUCCUCUGAACUCGUCUGACUAUUUUUGUGUGCUGAUCUCAAAGUCUCGAGUCCCCUGAGGUCCGAGAUGUGAGUGACAACUCUUAAAAAAGUAAAUUCAUUGAUUAAUUACAAAGUUCCUUUUUAAAAGAUGAAAGAUCUUUUGCUAUUUCUGCUAGGAUUGGUGGAUAUGAUUUAUGCUUGAUUUAAAGUACAGCUUUAGUGAAAGGAAAAAUAUGGGAAAAUAGGUUCUGGAGGGUUUGGAUGAGAUGAAGCACCUGUCAUUACAGUUCAUAUGAUUACAUGUUUUCACCUGUACCCUUAUGUCGCUGUUCAGAGCUGAUGCAGACAGAGAUGCACCAUGUACGAACACUGAAGAUCAUGCUGCGUGUGUACGUCCGGGAAUUGAAGGAGAACCUCCAGAUGGACUCCAGCAGGCUCGAGUGCCUGUUCCCUCGCUUGGAAAACCUCCUUGAGCUUCACACACAUUUCCUGUCUCAACUCAAAGAGCGACAGCGAGAAAACCUUGUCUCCCCGAAUGAAAGAAACUACACUAUCAACAGAGUGUCAGACAUUCUGAUUGCACAGGUGAGGAGAAGCGAGACAGAGGCCCUAACAAGAGCAUGCAUGAAUAGAAAUGACAGUUCUCUUUUGUUCCUCAGUUCUCAGGCGAAAUAGGUGAAAGGAUGAAGGACAGCUAUGGAGAUUUCUGCAGUCACCACACGGAGGCUGUCAGCUACUACAAAGAGCAGCUGCAAAACAACAAAAAGUUCCAAAACAUCAUACGGGUAAGACAUAUGAGCAGACGUCUGAUAUUUUUCUACAGUAUCUCUGAAGUGCAGCACAUCCAAUUCACAGUCAGUCUGGGAAAUGUCAGAAUAAUGUCUCUGUCUCUUCAGAAAAUUAACAACUUGGCCAUUGUGCGGAGGUUAGGAGUGUCUGAGUGUAUUUUGCUGGUGACGCAGCGCAUUACCAAGUACCCUGUACUAGUGGAGCGUAUUCUGCACAACACAGAAGGUAACUUAAAGUACUCACCAUCAUAAUUGAAAAACAAACACCCAUAUGUUCAGCCAGAAACGACCUUGUGCUGACUCUAAAAUGGACUUUAUUUCCUGUGUUUAGUUGGCACUGAGGAGAAUGAGGAUCUGACUCGGGCUCUGGGCCUGAUUAAAGACACCAUCGUUCAGGUUGACGCGCUGGUUAAUCUUCAUGAGAAAAACUCUCGACUCAGAGACAUACACAACAAGAUGGAGCCAAAGGCGCUGGGGAAAAUCAAAGAUGGCAGAGUGUUCCGCAGGGAGGACCUGGCUCUGGGAAGGAGAAGGCUACUGCACGAGGCCACGGUCAACUGGAAAGCUGCGUCUGGCAGGCUAAAAGGUAUGACUUUACCUUAAAUAGUUUAUUUUACUGAUCUGUAAAUUGUAUAUUGUAAAUGCUUUGUAAUAUUUCUGAGUGAAUAAAUAUUGAAGAAAGGAGGCUGAGGUCCAGAGGGGUUAUUCCAUAUUUUUGUCCUUACAGAUAUUCUUGCAGUGCUCCUGUCAGAUGUGCUACUUUUGCUACAAGAAAAGGAUCAGAGAUAUGUUUUUGCUACAGUUGUGAGUAUUUUCUUUCUCUUUCUAUGACACCCUCUCUACAAAUACUCACAUGAAUGUUGUACUAUGUGAGCAGGAGCAGAAUUAAGGAAGUGAUUCUAGGUUAAACAAGCACAUCCUCCCGUCUUUUUUUUGUCCUCUUUUUCACCCAGGACAACAAGCCAUCAGUAAUCUCCCUUCAGAAGCUGAUAGUCAGAGAAGUGGCCCAUGAAGAGAAAGGCAUGUUUCUUAUCUGUGCGUCCUCCAAUGAGCCGGAGAUGUAUGAAAUCCACACAACCUCCAAGGAGGAGCGGAGCAGUUGGAUGGCACAGAUACGGCAAGCUGUCGAGAGGUAGCUACAGCAAUACGAUGAGGCAAAACAUUUCUGUUUUACCCUUUUUUUAACAUUUUAUGAUAACUAGAAAUUUAGAAAUUUCAAGGAACCUUACUCACCUUGCUUCAUUUGUCCUGCCACCUAUAACACCCUGUCUCUUGUAGUUGUCCUCAUACAGAAGAGAGGCUGUUCAGCGAGCAGGAAGAGGCCAGAGCUUUCAGGUUUAAAGAAUUUCAAGGUAACUGCAGAAAAAGUCAAUAGACAUUCACUGAAUGAAACAGGAGAAUUGCACGUGGUUGGCCACCAGGGGGCGAUCAUGUAUCAUAGUAAACUUAACCUGUUACAGGUGGUUUUGACUGUUUUUCUGCAACUUUUCUGAAUUUUUGAAUGAUAUUGAGACUGCAAAAUUGUUUUUUUUUCUUUGCAAAAUCUGUUUAAACCCUUUUAGUUUGAAUAUAUCUGGAGGAUGGAGGCCUCUGUGGGAUGAAACCUUACACCUGUCGUCUCUUAUUCUGUUUUUUCAUUUGUAGAACGUCUGAGUCAAAAGGAUGCAGUGAUUGUCCAAGCUCUCACCGACAAGCUGCAGCUGUUUGCAGACAUGGCAGAGUCUGUGGCAGGUCUAGAGGAAACUGCCGCACGUUCUAGACUUCUUCUUCGAGGAGAUGCCUCAGACCUCCAGCAGGGGGAGACCCUGCUCAAAGGAGCCAUCACUGAAGGUAGGCCACUGCUGCAGGAUAUGUGUAUUAGCUCUGAUCUGGAGGCAUGGCACUAUGGUGUUGUGGGAAUUCAGCGCACAGAUUCCUCAUCUUCAUGUCUUUGCUUUGCUUCCUGCUGCUCAGCUAUAAAUCACCAUGUAGCGGCACUGUUUACCUUGAACCUUUCCAACUUCAUUUCUUGUUCCCAUCAGUUGAGAACCUCCAGAACCUGCUGCAGUCUGGAGUGAGAGAAGAGUCUCCAAUCCCCCAUCUGGAGGAGGGGAGCAGCUCUGGGGUUCUGCCCAGGCGAGCAGAUACUUUCGGGGGCUAUGACAGCAGCCCCACUAUCCUCAGCAAGAGUGAGUCCUGUACAAACCAUGCCCAGAGGAAGUCUGCUUUUUAACAGAUGUGCCGCUGUAUCUCAGUGACCUUAAGAAAAGAUGAACUAUGAAUAAAUUGGACACAUUUUUGAAAGAUGUGUAUGGUUUUCUUACUUUCUCGGCAGCAGAGCCAACAAAUCAAAAGCGGUGUCCAGCUUCUAUCUCUGUAUUUUUAUACGUAUGUUUAUGUUUGGUCGAUGCAGAAUUUGUCCUUGUCUAUUUUUCUGUGUUUCAGUCCGGUUUAAUUAUUUGUGUGUUUGUCACUGUUUGUUUCUCUGUGUGUGUUUAUGUGUCCGUGCCAGAUGGCAGCGUAAAGAAGAACUUUUCUGGCGAGUCCAGAAACAGAGACAGGAGCCAGAGAGCCAGCUCUGACCCUCAGCUCAAAGACCUGUGUGGCAGCCACACCCUGGAGCAGACGGUAGGGGCUCAACAUAAACACACAUACACACACACACAGACAGGCUGUAAAUCCUUGAGAACAGUCAUAGUAUUACUUCCUGUAAGAAGUCAUAACCAAACCAAGUCGUCUGGAAAGUUUCCACAUGCUGAUGUUCACUUCAACCCUGCUCUCACAGAUCACAUCAUUUGUCUACAUGAAGAUAAAACAUGGAUGUGAAUGUUCUCAUAGCAUACCAGAACAUCACAGUCAUGCUGAUUUAGCCGACGAAACGGAACAAGUCUUUUCUGUUUCCUGAGAAUAAGUGAACACCUUCAAAAAAACAGAUUUUCUUGAUUGUUUUCCAAACUUUACUAAGCUGUGAUUUGUUGUUUUUAUAAUCAUAGGAUUUAAAAAGGUACUUUUUUUUCAAUAGCAGUGAAUAAAUUGAUCUAUACUUCAUUCCCUCUCAUCUCAACUCUCUUGUCAUGGUUGUGAAAAUAAGGUCUCACAGAGCAACAAAAGCAUGACGUUUUGAAGCGACUUCACAGAACUGUUUGGGUGUCUUGUUUUCGAUGUCGUUUCAAUAGCAUGACUUGCUGCCUGUCUGUCUGGCUUGUUGUUGCUCAGGUUGAUGAAAGCUGCUGCUCUCCUGCCAGAUGGAACAGCAUCUGGUCAAACUCCUUCCCUGAGGCUGAGGUAAACUUCUCCUCUCUAAUCUAUCACCGUAGCUCUGCUGGAGUUGAUAUUUUAUAGCUGAGUUGAGAAAAUGGAAUAAUGAGGAGUAAUCUGUGUACGGUUUUAUUUGAUUAAAAAACUUUACCUGUGUCUUCGUCUAGUUCUUUGACAGAGUGCUGAUGCUCUCCCAAAGGCUCUAUAGUCUGCAGGUAACACAGUCCCUACCACUGCUUAUAAACGUUGAACACCUGUGUCAUCUGUGUUUAUUGUUAAAAAGCACAUUUACAUACUUUAGACAAAGUCCAAGUUUCCUCUCAGUUAACUUGUCAUUUUUCCAUGGCCCGUGUUCCCAUCUUUAGGCUAUCAUAUCACAGCAGGACAGUCACAUUGAGCUGCAGCGUGCCUCGUUGACAGAGCGUGCCUCCCUGCCAGGCCGUCACAGAGGAAAUGUGCUUCUGGAGCAGGAGAAACAGAGGACGCUGGCCCUGCAGAGAGAAGAGCUGGCCAGCUUCCAUAAGCUGCAGUCCCAGCACCGGCAGGAGCAGCAGCGCUGGGAGAGAGAGAGGGAGAGGCACCGGCAGCAAGUGGAGGCCACUGAGGCUAGACUCCGACAAAGAGAGGAGGAGUGCAGGAAGCUGGAGGUAAAGUGCCCAGUUCUUCCUUAGGAUGUGUAGAUGGGGCUGUGUGAUAUAUCCAGUGUCAAAACAUUGCAGCUUGCUCCAUAUGGAACAUAUAAUAUGCUGUACCACAACCAGUGAGUGUCCUAAAAACGGUAACAUGGAUGUUUGACAAGACUGUGAUUUUCCCCCUUUUUGCAUUCAAAAAAAGAGAAAAAAGUCCAAGUUCCAAAGGUCUGCUCGAAUUAUACCAGUGUCACUUUACGCAUGAAAGGGUAGAUUUUGACAGUACAUAGUAAUUCACAUAGGAGUUAUGAAAUAUGAUUAAAUUAAAGUGAUAAAUAUCCAUAGUCUUCACUCCAAUAUUACUGUUUCUUUCGGUGCAGGAGCAUUUAGCAGAAGAGAGGAAGGAGCUAGAGAUUCAGAGGGAGAAAUACCAGCAGGAUCUGGAGAGGCUGAGAGAGUCCACCAGAGCGGUGGAAAAAGAGAAGGAGCGCCUGGAGCACCAAAAGAAGAUCAAGAGGAAGACUAUUGAGGUGAGAAACCCUGAACAAAACACAGAUUAUCUGAAACCAAGGAAUCACAGUGUAUCUUAGUGCCUGAGAAAAGGCUCAGCAGACAUGAUAAGACGAGCAAGCUUGUUUUCAUGAGCUGUUUUUAUUGGUGUGUUUAAUUUACUCUGGCUUAUUGACUAAGGAAAGGUAGGCUUUAUUGACAAAUGGUCGUAUAAAAAUGGAAUCACUACAGCUGGUUAAUGACCGUUUGGAAAGUAAACCCUUUAUUGAUGGUCAUAAAAGGUUAUAUUACUGCACCUGUAAAGUGUGUAUAAAAAAAAGAGUGGAAAUGAGGACAAGGGCGAGAGAAGUGAAACCAAGAUAGAUGGAUUUGGUGACAUUUAGUCACACUGAUGAGGCAGAAGAAGAGACUUUUCAGUGUCUGUUGUGUGACUCUUUCUAAACAUCCUCUCUUUGCCUUUCUCUCUCCCUUCCUUUCAGCUUUGUAUAAAUCUUAGUUUCACAUCUGAAGUACUCUGAAUAUGAAACUCUGCCUUCACCCCCACAGCCUGUUUCAUAAAUAUUAAUGUAUAAUGCUGAGUACACACACACACACAGCUGAUUACAUCUCUGACCACUCACACGAGGAAUCCACCUACGCAAGGAGCAGUCUUUCUCUUCCCCUCUGUUUCUUCCCUCUAUGUCCUGUGUUGUCUUACAUGUAUCCGUCUUUCUCUCUUUGCGGUACAAUGCGGGCCAUUGUUUGUGAGUUUCAUGGGAGAGGGACUUUUAAAAAGACACACUGACUGUAAUUUCAUGCCUGGUGCUAACAGAUCUGUGGAGCAGUGACAGUGAAGUUACCUAAUAUCAGCCCUCAGUGUUUUUUAAAGGUGUGUAUCACCAUCGCUGAGGAGACUUUACCUUUUCUCGGUUCGAAAUUAAGAGUUUUUGACUUUCAGUUGAUGUGAUUUUAUUUUAUUUUUCAGAAAAUGAUUUUUUAGCCAAAAUAUUGCAAAAUGAACAAAUCACAAGAAUAAUUGUCUGUGCUGGAAAGAAAUCAAAUAAGAGAGCCCAGAAGCUUACCAGAGGUCAAGAGGUCAGGCUUAUUACACUCUAGGGCCCGGCUGAUAUGGAUAUUUUGGGGCUGAUGCCGAUACCGAUGAUUAGGGAAGAAAAAAAUCUAAUUACUGAUUAAUCAGACGAUUUUUAAAUUUUUUAUGAAGUUUUAAAAUUUUGUUAAUUUAAGUAAUUUAUCAACAUAUUUACUUAUUUUUUAACAAAUGGCUGCUUUUGAGCCUUUCAAACACUUCUCAGUGACGUUAACCUCACUAAAAAUCCACGUAUUUAUCAUGAAUCAAACUCAGACCAGAAAAGCAUUUUCAACUUUUGGCAGAUUACCGAUUAGUCUCAAACGGGCUGAAAUUGGCUGAUUUAAUCGGCUCGUUGAUAAAUCGGUCAGGCCCUAUUAUACUCUGUUUAACAGUUUGUAUUACAGUGUUUCUCAGGGUUUGGCUGUUAGGUCAUUUCACUGAUAAUAUAAAACCUUCCUGACAUGAUUUGAACUUAAACUCAUUUAUACCUAGAUGAAAAAUUCAUAUUGUCUUCAGGAUUAUAUUUCCCUUUUAUCAUGUUACAGUGUUGCUCUUUAUAGUGACCUGAGCUAUCAUCGUCACCCCUCAAAUCCACAUUAUUUCUCUUCACUCUGGACUCUUUGUGUCCGUGCUCAGUGAAUGUUUGAACAAGCCUGUGUGUACUUUCGUCCGUCUGCUAUUAGGGAUCCAUUCCAAGAGGAGAAGUGUGAUCAUGAAUGAUAGCUCCAUUACCUGGGUUCAGUUUCUGUCAUCAGGUUGGCGUUUGACACACCUCAUGAUGAGACUCGUGACUAAUGCUCCCUCGUAUUCAAAGCCAAAACUUUCAGCUGGAUGAGUCAGUUUCUCUCCUGCUUUGUUAGCAAAAAUAUGAAUAAGUGCACAAAAGACGGGGAUUUUCUUCCCGUGACAUUUGGCUGAUCAAACCCUUUUUAUCCAGUGUUGAACUGGUUCAUGUGCUGCAACGCAAAUGUGUCAAUGAGGAAACGAUUUAGGUGUGUUCAGUCCCUGUUUCUGCUAACAGCUGUUUAUACCUGAUUGACAGUUAUCUCUGAUCAGCUGACACAACAAUCCAUUCAAGUCCUGAAUUGUUCCCAAAACAGAAAGCUUCUGUGUUUUUGUUCUGCUUUGGAUCCUUUUUUUUUUUGCUCUUUUACAUCUACGGAGAAGUUUUGCCCCCCUCCUUCAAACAAUUUUAAGUCUGCCGUCUCAAAGAUCUCAAAACAACAUGACCAUUCAUCAUCAUGCCUCUCUAUCCUGUGUCGUCUAGAGUCUUAACUCAAGUGCAGCUGACACGAGUAACUGCAUUAACCAUCUUAUUACUGCAUGAGUUGUAUCCUGAGCUACUCACAGAGUCUCCUUCGAAAUGACCCUCUGGCUAAACCAACCUCCUCUGUUGUGCUGAUGACUAAUACAGGGACCGGUGUAAUUACAGAGGCCCUCUCUGAAACAGAUUACCAAGUGGUUUGUUUGUAACAUGCUCUGCAAGAUAAGCAAAUCUAGACGCACAGUUAGCACCCCAUUAAACAGUGAGCAUGUGUUUGUUUUGGACCAGCUCAGAAGAGCACUGGUUUAUUUUGUACACAUACAGAUGUAUGGGCUGCAGCUCCAUACUGUCGUCCCUGCUGUGGGACUUUUCUUGGCUGCGGUCAUGGAAGAUUUGGAAGUGGUUUGUUCCCCCUCUGCGUCAAACACAUCAAACGGCCUUUUCAUCGUUGCGACCUCAGGAUCUGUUCCAGGCUCCAAGCCAGCCUGAUAUCAACAGACAUUUAAUCACCACCAGCCCACAUUAAGACUCAUCAGCAGUCCCGUGGCGAUAUAAUUAGCUCUCAUAAAAAAAAAAAAAGGCAUGCCUACUUGUGUGUCUAUGUGCAUGUUUCGAAACCUGUAAGUGUUGGCUCAAGUGUGCUGCUAGUCGCGGCAUGUCCUUCCUUCUGAGGAUCUUCUCUUUCAUGUAUUAUCUUAUCUGAUCAAAGUCAGCGCCGCAAUAAGGAAUGCGCUUGGCUCAGGCUUUUUUAUUGGUGCCUCUUUGGGAUGGUGCCUUCAGUCUGAUCGCUCAGUUAGAUUGAAAGUUGUACAGUGUGAUUAUUAUCAAGUUAUAGAUUCAAUUUUGUGAUUGUCAUUGACAGUAAACAUGAGGACAAGAAAACUGGACAAAAACUGCAUUUAAUGGUAAAGAAACCAAAAGGGAAGGAACUGAGCUUAUGGCGAUGGGGUCAAAGGUUUAAUGCCCAGCUGACUGAGAGCAAGAACAAUACUGCUUUCCCUCUGAGUAACAUUUUUUUUUUUAUGCUUCCAGGCAAAGCACUUAGUUUAACAACAGCCCCUUACUUCUGCUUUUUUUCCCAAGAGCCAAAAAAACUAUCAAAUAGAAUGCCACUUAGUAUGAUACACGAACACAACAGAGGACAUGACUUGAACAUGGAAAGUUUGGCGAUAUUUAAGAGAACCCUUUUGAAGGUGAGUCAUAAAACUGUGACCUGUACCCGUGUCUUCUACUCUUUGAGAUAUGUCUUUCCCUCUGUGGCCUCCAGGUCUCCGGGCUGAUUUACGACGCUGUUUUCUGAGUGUGUUCUUGUGGUGUGGGAAAAAAAAAUCUCUCCCCCCGUGCAACUUUUUACCCAUCAGCCAACCUCACGAUGUUCGAACACACCUAGAUAGUUGUGGCUUGCUUUUUCUGCGAUAACCUGACAGCGGAGGCUGUGUUGAGCAGAGAUCGAGCUGGAGGGCAGAUUUUUCUCUCUUAACCAUCUGUUGCUGAAAUCAUCUCUGUGGUUUUUAUUGACUCAAAACGCUUGAAUUACUCAUAUUUUCAGCUGCUUAAAAGUUGUUGCAUCAGUUGGCUUUUAUACAAUCUGAUAUGACAUAAAACAUGUUACUUGGCCUACAGUAUGCAAUAAUGUCAUGUUACAGCGUAUUGCAAUAAUUUAUAUAUUUAAAAAAAAAUCAUGAUCAUGGUUUAAGAAAAACUGAAUACACAUGCGUGUUCUAGACUUUAUCAUCAUUAUUAUUAGUACUAAUCACUAUUGUUAUUAUUUCCUUUCUCUAUUAUUUAUCUCUUUAUUUCUGUGAACAGAUGUCACUUUUUAAUGUCUUGUGCAAUAUGUGUACCAAAAUGCUGCACUGUUUAAAGAUGUUCAUAACAGUUAAAAAAUAUUAAAAAAUUUAAUUACAAAAAAGGAAAAACUAAAAACAGAAGUACUGAAGAAUACAGAUAAACAGAGCGCAAAAAAGGUAAAAGCAUGAUCGUAAUAAUUGAAAUAAAAUGAGUCUUUAAGUCAAAUAUCUUUAAAAAGGUGCUCUGUCAAGAUUAAAAGGCACUGAAAUGAAAACAAAGUUGAGAGAAUAUUUUCAUGAGUCAGUUUAAGAUCCAAAAAGCCUGUUCAUUAAUAACGUUCAUGUUCAUUUCUCUGCCAAGAACUGGAAAACUUACAGGCGUUCAAUUUGUGAUUUCAUGACGCAUGGGGGCAAAGACUGUAGAGUUUGGAGUUUUGAUUUGAUGAUCGACUUUUUGUUGGAUUUUCUCCCUACCAGCCAACCCUUUGAGUUGUAAUGUGAUUUUAAUGUUAACCCCUGAAUAGGUCCUGACACAGACCUGAAUCAUUAUGUAAACAGCCAAGAGCCCAAAGACUCAUCAGUCAUUUCCAAAUGUCUUUGAAAACGUGACUCACUCUGUGUGAUAUUAACUGUAUCAACUACUUUGAUAGAGUUUGGUUUUGGAUUUGACAGGCUUUAGUUGAACAGCACUUGCUAAUCAGAGUGGAUUCACCUAAAUUGAAGCUGCACAUGGCCCGUAAAAUACAUCCAUGCGUCAAUAUUGUAAACUUUCCAGGCGAGAUUUAACAACCGGUAUUUCCUUCCCACUGAUCUCCAUUGUGUACACAAAGCAACACAUUGUGCAGAGUUGUUGGCGAUAUGGAUGAUAUGGGAGUAUCCAGGCAGUUUUCAGCAUGAGAGGAACCUGGCUGUGUAAUUAGCCGGUCCAAGUCUGUCAUUAACAAAAGCUGCUGGAAGACAGCCAGUGCUAAUUGUUUAUAUGCUGUCAGUCAGAGCUGUUUGUGCUCUACAACUUCCACAUGGUUCACCCCCCCCUGGAAACCUGCUGUUUGUGCAGCUUAAAGUCGAUCACCUUGUUCAGAGAACAAUGGAACAUCUGUUUGCUGAGAUGAGUGAGUGCUGAAAGAAAGAAAAAGGGGGAUUCAGAGAGGGAGAGAAAGAGGUAUGGAGAUUUUCCCAACUGCAUGCAGGGCCUCUUUCUGCCUCAGGUCAUCCUGUCAUGCUCUGCAGUUACAGCCGGGGGAAGCUACAGUCUCUACAUACACACUCACACAGUCACAGUCAGAUGAGUUGGCCCUUCAUGCCUUGUAAAACACAGUCAUCAUGUGUUCCCCGUCUCCUCAGGAAGUAUUGUGCUUUGUCAUCAAUCAUGUAGUGUGUGCACAGCAUACCAAACAGAAGAGAUAGAGACUGAUGUCGGGCCUUCAAUACAAGAUACCUCUGUUACAACUGGUCUUAGCCUAACCAACAUUACUUCGGUGAUGUACUUUAGGUCCGUUAUAUUUUAUAAUCAUUUUUACAAUUUUAAAAACCUAACCCUAACCCUAACUUUACAAUAACCAUCUAAGUAAUGUUUAGAGAUAGUUUAGAAACCAAAUAUUAAUCAUUUACAAAGUGCUACUGACACACAUUUUAAUCUAGAUGUUUUACAACCAAUAUUUAAACCCUGUAUAAACCUUUGAUAAAUAGUCCAUUAAUAAUUAAUGAAAGUUAUUAAUCAUAAUUUCAUUGCUUGUUUAUGGUAAAGAAACCAUUAACUUACAUUUAUAAACUAUCUAAUUGCCAUUUAUAAUUGGUCUAUAUGCUGGUUUUAAAUGAUGAUUAAAUAAUAAACUAUAUAUUUAUCAUUUACAAAUUACGGUUAUUGUUAAGUGUUACCAAUAAAGGUUGUAGUCAGUUGUGUUGACAGCCAUGUGACAUCAGUUAGCUCCCACAUAAAUGAUUUAACACCUCAAGAUUGAUUGAUUUUUGUUUUGCUAGACAUUACUGAUGUACAGCCUCUACCUUUUUGUCUUGUAAGUAUGUACUGAAUUAUUUGUAAAGCAACAUCUUUGUCUGAUUCUCUCAAUGAAUGAGUUUUUCUGGUUCAUCUCUGAGAUGUUCUUUUUUUCGGCUCACAAUGCUGACAAUUCACAUCCAAAGAAAAAACAUCUUUGACUCCUAAAAAAUGUGUCUCCACUCUCUCUAAAAACUUCAUCAUCGGUCGUACAUGUGCAGUGUCUGUUGGAUAUCCAUGUGCAACAAAUCAGGCUGCAGUAUUACAUAAUGGCUUGAGCUUGUCUUGCAUGUCUUACUCUGGCAAAGGAACUGUUUGUCCUCCUCAGUAAUGCAACAAAUAUUAGACUAUACAAACAUCACACAGCUCCAUUGUUGCAGAAGUCCUUCUGGUCAGUCUAAUUGAAUAAUGAUCAUGUUUGCUGAUCUGUAGAGAUCAGAUGAUCUUCCUGUCAGUCUUCUAAUUAAGUGGACAAUGCAGUCAGUAUCUUCUGUCCACUCAUGUCAUGAGAGCCAUUUCCUUGUUCCCCUGCUUGUCUAACAGGCCUGUCUGUUUCGCAAGGCGCGCCUUUAUUUGCAUAGGGACUAUUAAGGGUUUUUUGUUUCCUGUUGUGUGCAUGUGUGUGUGCGUGUGUGUGUAAGUGUGUGUAUAUGCACAUUAUCCUUGAGCCUCUUGGAACACAUCAAAAGCCUGUUACCAAACUGGCCAAACUGUGUGCUCAGCAGAACAGGUCUCAUGUGUUUCUGAUUCCCUCUCGAUCCCAUAAAUAUCCUGCUCCUCAAAAGAUUGUGUUUCUGUGAUGGCAAAGCUUUACAUGUAUAAUUCAGAGUGGAGUAUCUGUGCCUAUGUGUGUUUUUCACAUCAUCAAAAUUAAACUACGAAUUGAUUUUUUUUUUUAUUUCAUGUAGAACUUUUACCAAAAAGACAAACUUCUCUCCAUCCUCACAAACAUAAUGUGCACAUGUGUCAAAUUCCUCAGAUUCAGAACUGAGUGGAACCACAAAUCACAGUGCAGAGUGGGAGGCAAGCUGUUCUUUGUGAAGUCGAGACUAAAUUUUGAACUCUGUCAACAUGUGGGACUGUCGAGGAAGACUGGGAUUACUCUUCACUAACAGCAGAUAACUCUCCCCCUUCAGGUUGCUCCUCUGUCUGGCAGUCUAAAUGGCGAGCUCCUCAUGUCCUCUGGCCUCGCUCCCUCCACCAGUGUCACUGACCUCCCCCUGCCUCCUAAGCCUCUGGUGCGCGCCAGUCUGUCUGUGGCACCAGCCGAUUACGCAGAGCGCCCAGAGGUGAUGCUGCGCAGAGAGACCAGCUCCUCCACCCUGCCGCUCAAGACUGAGGUACCGCUCCACCUCUUCAGCACCACCAACCAGCUGCACAAACCAGUCGGGGUGCAGCAGCAGAUCCCCACCAAGCUGGCCGCCCUCAGCAGCAGCAAAGGGAAAGGAGGCAAGAUUGGCAAAGCCUCCCAUCGCACUGACAGCACUGGUAAGGAGAAAGACCUCAGGCAGUGAGUUUUGCAUCAUCAGCGGCUUGCAGGGUGGUCCGGUGGUUUUACAGACUGUCUGCAUUGUGUGUGGUCACAGGUCCAGUCCUCCAUAAGUCUGUCAGCGUAGCAAAACACUGGCUUGGCAUCCUCAGAUCCAUCAGCUAGACUAUAUUCAUUUUCACUGGCCGAGGGAUCGGAACUGCAUUCCUGCUCAAACAUUUCCCUCCAUUUUUAGGUAGACCUGACCCGUUAUGGUCCUUUUUUUAGGAACAGAGUGGAUGUUAUAAGAUGACGAUACAGGGGUGGUGCUUCUGCACUUUUGUUAACAUGGGCUUCCUUUUGAUUGUGUAAUGUAUACUUGAAAUGGAUUUGUUUUAGGUAUAAGUAAACAACACAGCACAGUGAAAAGACAUCUUGUGCUAUAAUGCUAAAAUCACAGUCACUCCGCUCAGCAGUGCCUCAUUGAUCUCGUAAUUUUACAGACACAACCAAUUUCUCCACCCUUAUAUUUAGUGAAAAGUCGACCUUUCUUUAUUUUCAAUAUCAGACACAAUAUCUAGUCAGCCAGUUUCUGUUAUAGGAAUGGACUGCAAACAUCUUUUACUAAUAAAAUCUUUAAUCCUGCACUUAAAAAUGGGCUGCAAUAUUCCCCAGAGAAAUUAUUGGAAAAGAGUAGAAUCUCAACACCAAAAAUGUGCCAUAAAACCUGUCUUACCAUCCAUCAGUACAACUGAAUUUCCAACCCAGACUGUACACAUUUUAAUUUAGAAGUUGUGAAAUAGCUCAUCAGAUUACGCCAACAAAAAUCUCUCCAAAAACCUGAGCUGGCAGAGAUGGAUGCUAUAAAACUCAUAUUUAGCCAAUCUUCCUCUUAAAUAUCAGAACCAGACUCUGUCUCCUACUUUAGCUGCGUUUGUUGUGCUUUAAUGGAUUGAAUUCUUGACUAUAAAACUGACUGUAGCUUCUUUGCGUUCUUGCCUUUUGUACGUAUCAACAAAGAUCUUAGCAAGGUUAGUGUCAGUUUUUUCUGCAGGUUUUCAAAUGGAUUUUGAUAACUACUCGUUAGGGCUGGGCGACAUGGCCUCAAAUCAAUAUCAGGAUAUAUUGAGCAGUUCACCUCGAUAACGAUAAAUGGACGAUAACUACUCCAUAAGCCGCUCACCCCCUCCCACAUUAACUUUGUCUACUUCAGCCACCGCUCCAGCCUCAACAACUUUAGAACCGUCUUCCAUCUCCUCACCUGUCUUUCCCUCUUUGUUACCGACUGGAUGGGGUGGAGUCACAUCUCUGAGCAUCUUUAAAGGACAUGAGACCAUAGCCUACCUACACACAUCCAAAACCAACUUUUAUUUAUGUAUUUUUUUGACACGGAAUAUACCGAUAUGGGCAGAAUGACCUCGGUUAUUGACGUAAAUUUCAGUAUUGGUAAGUUUUUUGUUUAUCGCUCAGCCCUACUACUCGUCAUAUUUGACUCUCACAGUGACCAGAGAGUCUCGUUAAGUACAGCUGCGUGGGAUCAUUAAACUACACAGUGUUGUCUUUCAGAUUUUCCCCUUUUCUUGCUCCUUUUCAAAGAGAACAAAAACAUUACAGUUGGAGUAGCUGUUGCACUGUGGUAUGGAGAUAUUGUGAUGAAAAACAGCGAUAUGCUGGACUCCAUAUAUGGGCGUUACAUGAUUACAAUAAUCAUACUAUAUGGGACAGGGUUGAGCAUCUGUAAAACAUCAGCAAGUGUUGCACUAAGGCUUCUUUCUUUCUCUCACACUUGCAGGUGAUUUGUUCCCAUCCAGCCCUCUAAACCAUUACAUUGAUUUUUGUCUCUUGCUCACUGUCAUUGAUACACCGACCAUCUGUGUCUGACAGGAGCUUGACCUGAUCAUGAUUUAAGUGUCUCAUUAGGAUCACAUUAGCCGUCUUAAUCGGGUCAGCUCUCAGAUAUAUCACCGUGUCUUCACUGAGGCGAGGCUGUGGGGGAAAUCUGAUUGUACAAUUAGAUCACCCUCUGACUCUGUUUGUCUUGUUUUCUCCUCUCCCUCCUCCUCAGCCUCAGUGGAUAUGAAGCAGAUGCUGCCUCUGAAGCUGUCCGCCAGAGACGAUAACGCCCUGAAGGCUAAACGCUCCAUCAGCCCCCACCAGCAGCUCCCUCUGUCAGGCCCUCCUGCAUCUCACUCCCUGCAUCACCUUGCAGGUACCAUUGAUGCACACAAACUCAUUUAUAGUACACACACACACGCACAUGUACACACAGUUCCUCCUUUUCUCCACAAUGACAAACCCAAACACAAUCUUCUUUGUCUGCCUUUGCCUGCUGCAUUAUUAAACAUGGUUCCCACAGACACCAGCCUGAGACGCACAUUCUCCACCUGGGCAAACCGGACUCCACCUGACUGUUGCUCUCUGAGGCUUACAUUCAUACGCAGCCUCACCCUGUGUAAACACACAUCAAUUUCACACACUGCACCAUGACUAAUGACAGGCCGUGCUGCUGACAUGUUUGAACACUUUAAUCCUGCGCCUUUACAGCUACCUCUGCCGCAUGAAAAAAAUCUGGCAGGAUUUCAGAUGAUAGAUUUCAGUUAGUCUGAGUUAACCCGUCUGUAUUAAACAAGCAUAAAGGGCUAAUCUGCUGCGAGAUUUGAUGCUAUUUCUGGAGUAAUCCCACAUUGUCUAAUGGUCUUUCUUUUGUGUUUCUAACAGAUCAACUCAGUCCUCUAGACAACACCGUGCCAGACACCCACUCCACUUCCUCCAUCAGCGCCUCCCACCCUCCAAGUGUUCAGAAGCCCCCUAUGCCUCCUGCGCAGCCCCAUCCUCAGCCCUCCAUCCAGCCUCCCAGCAUCCCUCCUCCCCACUCCCAGAGCACCGGGUCCCUCCAGUUCCAACCUCACCUGCAGUCACAAGGUCCCAGUCCAAAUGCCCAGGCCCACCUCCAGGGGAACGUUCACGGGCUCACCCACAGCCACAGCAUGCCACCACCCUACAAGAUCAACACAGAGGACCUCAACAAGGAGGAUGUCAUCUUCUUUUAAACUUGAAGAGUAUGGUUGAAGAUGUGUCCCACGUGAAGGAGCUCUUACCAGCCAUCAUGGGAUAUUGAAGUAGUUCAGUCCUUGCUAGGGAUGGGAAUUAAUAAGGUUUAUCAAUAUCGAUGCCAUUAUCGAUUCAAUCCUUUAACGAUUCCCUUAUCAAUCUCUUUAUUCGUUUAAAGAAAAGUAGACUAUAGGUUUUCACCCUUAACUGAAAAUUUGAUUGAGUCUCUGAUAACAGAAAAAGAUUUAUGUCACCUUCAGUGAGAGUCUAAAAAUAAUCAAACAAAAAUGCUGUUUGUACAGCAUUUCUGGCAUGCAUUGUGUUCAUGUUAACACAGGUCAUACGUUAGGGUGACCAUAUUCUGAAUCCCCAACAAGAGGACACUACUACGUGCGGCGGUCUUGUGCACAAAAUUUUGAGGUUUUUUUUGGGUCGGGUCGAGUGUUUUUUAUGUUAAAUGCAUAUUAUCCUGAAUUCCCAAAGACAGUGCAUGCGUGCGUUGUGUUAGCAGCUUUGCUUAGAAGUGAGCGGUGGGGCAGAGCUGCGGGGAGGACUGAUGCGCCGCACUGUUUUAUAAUAAAUGCAUACAUGUUCCGGACAUUUGAAGGAUCUUACAAACUUCCCCUGGACAGCCCCCCUAAAGAGGACAUGUCCAGGUGAAAGAAGACAUAUGGUCACCCUAACAUAUGUACCUUUAAUGUCGGGCUGAGACAGAGCAGCAGCGGCUAAGACAGGCGGAGAGCAUCGAAUACAUGUGACUCCUUGUAUUUGAUGCCGUGCCUUGUUGACAAAUGUUUAAGCAUGUUGCUGGUGUUCCCAUCUUUGCGUGUUAUCACUCGACAAAAAUGUUGCACUGUUGUCAUCUUUCUUAGUAAAAUUAAGCCACGCAUUAGCUCGUCCGCCACAUUUUUUACUCCUGUCUCUGUUCCCGUUCGCACAGACUGGCACUCGUGAGACCGUUUUUCAAGGAAAGGAAUUGUUAAGGGAAUCGUUUAGAUAAAAUAUAAAUGAUGUCGAUGGAUUGAACCAUUUGGAACCGGUUCUCGAUUCCCAUCCCUAACCCUUAGCAGGUGCAGCAUUGUUGAGGCAUGAUUGAUUCCAUUGUUACAAAACUUCAACAAGAGCAUGAAGCGUCUGUCAGCUCUGCAGGCGCCCUUUUAGCAAUAUAAACUCUUUAUCAAGAAAGAUAACAAAACUGCCUCCCCAUCUUUGUUUACACUGCAGAACAAAGAAAGUGAAACCAUUUCAAUGAAGUCGUAUCAAUCCAAAGACUCUGGUCAUGAAGGCUGAAGGGGAGUUGACUGAAGGGGUCGAUCUGAAGAUGAGAUGAUGUGUGAUGUUCAGGUCAGGAAAAUUCAGCGAAGCAUGAAAUGUGAAAAGUGCAUCCUGGCUUUUACCAUCAUCUUCCUUUUGACCUGAAAUCACAAGAGACAUUUCAACCGCAAGUAAGAAACAAAUCAAAAUAUUCCAAUAUGGUCAUUUGCACAGUGUAAAUACUUCAUUCCAGACGAAUGAAUGAACUUUUAUGGACCACAUAUGUGCUGUUCGAUUGUAAAGAUGUAAAAAUUGUGAAGUUUUUUUUUUUUCAUUAUAUCGUCGUUCUUUUUAAUCAUACCUGAAACAGACGGCUGAAUGAGUAGGAUGCAUUUCACUUGUUGGGAAACUUGACUCUGGUCUUUAAACCAAGCUGGAACGAUGCUGAACUUCAACUGAUGAAGAUGUUUUUAAUCUUUUAAAUCCCUUUACUGUAUCUUUAAGAGACACAACUUAAAAAUCACAUCUGAUGCUGUUUUAGUGAAACUGAUGUACUGUACAAAUCACUAAAUUUAUUUUAAUCAUAAAUAAUUUGGCUUAACUCAAAAGAGCAAAUCAAUAAUGUAUUUUACAUCGUUGAUGUGGAAUUGGAACUUCGGCAGGAGAAAAAGCCCUUUUUAGCCUAAGAAGGUACCGUUUCAGUUGUGAAGGAUUAUUUCACCAAGGCCAAAAUGUGAAGGAUGAAGAAAGCGAUCAAACUGAUUCAUAUGUCAGUUGAAUUCAACAAACAAACAAGAAAAAGAGAUUAGCCCGGUCCUACCUUUCACUCACUGAGAUCUGUUUGGCAUAUCGUAUCAUUUAAAGCUUUGAAUUUGUUGGAGUUUGUUCAUCUUGGCUAGGCUGGUGUAUCUAUAAUAUAUUUAUAGAACUGCCAGCUUUAAUUGAUUUUUUUCAAAUUAAAUGCAGACCAAUUAGCUGGAUCUUGUGUUUCCUAACAGAAAAACAGGACUGUGCUAAGUGCAGCAAACUCAAAUAUCAGCUGAAAGAAACCCUAACCCUGGUUCAACAGGAGAACCUCUGAAAUCAUGAAGGACAGGAUGCGUUUAUUCAUCCUGAGUCUCUGGAGGGGAAAAUGUCAGAGGAGUUGUUGUUUUUUCUUCUCUUUGACCAAGUAAGCUCAGACGACCAGCUUGAGUUUUCUGAGUGUUAAUUUAAAUUGUAUAUAUGUUAUUGUACAUACUAUAUGUGAUCUCUUCUGAUCCAGCUGUCUUUGUACGCAUAAUUUCAGUAGGAACAGAAGUAUUUAACAUGAAUCAAAAUGUAAAAGUCAGCCAAAAGUCAUUUUGUGUAUAUGUAUAUACAUUUGAAAUACACACAAAGCUGUGUAUGUGUGUAUAAUACGGUACACCUCACUUGUAUAAGCCAGUAGCAGUCUAAUGAACUCACAAUCACUUAUUUCUUUUGUUUUAAAGGACUGAAAACAAAGGUGUGCAUAUUUAAUCUCUUGACACAUGUCGAUGUAGCAUUGAAGUCGAGGUGCACUGUAUGUUGUCCUUCCUCUGCGGCUCAUGAUUGAUGCUUCACCAAGAUUAUGUAGCGGUCAUGAAGACUAAAUCAUCUGCUUGUGUGUGUCGGUUAAACCAAAGAUGCAUCUGGCUGACUGGGUUCCUGUCUGAGCUCCUAAAUGAAGGAUCAGCGACUCUUGGCUGGUUGUGUGGUCUUUAACCUUUAAAUCAUCCUCCACCAUGUCGUUCAUGACUAAUUUUCAGUUGAUGUUUCAUCCUCUGAUUAUACAUGGAAAUCAAUCACAUAUGUGCACCAUCUCUUAAACAGAGGAGUAUCAAUGUGCACGUGAAUACAUGAGGUGAUCUCAAAUUGUGGGAAUGUGCAUGUUUUGUUUUGUCAAUAUCCCAUUUCACGGUCCACUUGUGUCUUCUCUGGAUUCAUAUCAUAACCUCAUCCCAAGUAUAACCGCUUUAACAAGCUCUUGAAGUGCUGUAAACAAAAUCACAGCCAUCACAGUUCAGGCAUGUCAAUACAAGUCAGUUCCCUCUGUUCAUGACGGCCAUGCUGUUUGUUUUUAAACGUUUCAGAGAGAGCCAUUCCAUGGAGUGUCUUUUGGGAUCGUUUUUUAAGUGAAGCAUGAGCAUUCAUUCUGAAAUGUAAAGAUAUUCCCAUUUGUGUCCAAUUUCCUGCAUUUCCAAGUAUGUCCUGAUUUAACUUUGAAAGAGAAGAAACCGAUUAAGGAGUUCUGCUCCAGGUACGAGACUGAUAAAAAUUAACAUGGAUGCUUCCCGUUUGGAUCCUCUAAAAGUCUUAAUAAUGUCGUCUCACUGUACUGAAAUGUUUUUGUUGUUUUAAAACUUGGGAGCCAGUCAGUUGCAUCACUGACUGUUUGUGCGUCUGUGUGUGUGUUAUUGUGCGUGUGUUUGUGUGUGUGUGGAUGCCUGCCAUGAGAAAAAGAGAAAAACUCAGUGGAAACAUUCCAGAGCAGCUUGUUUCCAUUUGUGUUUUUUUAAUCUCGACAAGCAUACUCACAUGUUGGACCUGUAUUUUGUAAAUAAUCGUGGGCUCAUUUUCAUUUCCUCUGCCAAUUUUUUCACUAGUCACUUUGGAUAGUAGCAUACUUGAAGGGGAAAAACGAAUGUUUAUAAUAAUGCUUAUUAUUAAUGUCUGUGAACUUUUAUUUACCAAGAGCUGUCUGAUGUUUGUAGCACACAGCAAAACUGAUUUUUGUACUGUUGUAUUUUAUUCACUGUGAGAUGUUAGAAGGACCUGUGGACACAAACUGCUGCCUUAGAGAGAGAGAUUAGUAAUAAAAUUCUUACAAUUAUUAUCUUGUUAUUGUAUUUAUUGACGUUUCCAAUCACAGCGGAGAAAACUGGUUUAUUUUGAGGCGUAUUUUGGUCACUGCUGCGUGGGCAAAAGCCAAGCGUGCAAUGAAUGUUUCCCGUUGGAGUAAAUUUGUAUUUACCAGGAUUUGUUGCACCCCCUGAAAAAAAACCCACCACAUUCACAUGUAACAUGUAAUUCAACCUCAUUAUUUAGAUUUCUAUUCAGCGCUUGUCAAAAUAAGCCUGACCACCCAAUUAGCUAGCACCCUAGUCAUGCCUGCGUGUCUAGGAGGUGCAGUAAGAGUGUAAUUGACUCUGUAUUUAGACGGCCUAAUAACAGUCUAUUCCCAGACAAAGCCUUAUUUAAAGGUGCUGUGGUUGUGGCUGUUCAGUCCUAAUGUAGACCUUCCUGAGAGCAGUGCUGUCGUUAUUGUCAUCGUGCCUGGGAAGACGCUACAGUAGUGGCCACUUUUAUUGUCUGCUGUCAUUAGUGGCUUUCCUCUGUCUCCUCUCAACAAUUAUUUUUCCAGGCUGCUUCCCCUGCGGAGGGAAGCAGCAUUUUACUCCGUCUUUGUUUCUGUCUUGUUUCUUCCACUGCUCUGCCUGUUUUUCAUGUCUCCCUGUCGCUUCUCCUUUCAUCCAGCGUCUCCAGUCCUCCUCAGCUCGACCGCCUUGCAGCUCAAGAGGCGUUUUAUUUAAUCCAGUUUGCAGGAAAUCAGGAGUCUCAGCUGAUGUGUGUGAGAGGCCCUUCUCACCGCAAAACUCAACAAAUACAUGGUGCUGUGCAGAGAGAGACGUGCAGACUCCCUGCAGACUCAUAAAACACUGAGACAGAUGUUGGUUUGAUAGACUCCAUGUCAGCAGUUGGUUUUUGUUGUACUUGUUUUUACUCUUCCAUGCGGUUUUAGCACAUUGGCACCAUGAGAGUUGGAUUGAGGGGAAAGGAUUUAUGAAGGGUUCAGCCUGAUCACUGCAUCACAAUUCAGACUCAGGGGCUGCCGAACUUCUUGGUUUGUCCCUUUUGUGGGAAUAUCUGCAUGUAUCAAACAGGCUGUUUGUGACCGUUUUAACCAGCAUACAAAAGUAAUUACUGUUCAAGAUUUAAUCAUGUUUGCUGCUUUAACGUCUUGUUUUUAAAGGUCCUGUGAGUAACUUUUGUAUUAAAUUUAACUCAGGCGCCCUCUUUGGCGGCAAAGUAGUCUUAAUUUAUUUUUUGGAUGCUUUGUAGGGCAGAGCUCGGGCAAGUCAAUCACCGAGUGCAGCAGGGUGACGCAGGAAGAACAUUUAUAAUCAUUACUUUAUCAUUUCCUUGAAGUAAUAAUCAUCAUAUUAACCAUUUCGCACUGCAGACGUGGUAGUUCUUCUGUCUUAGCGUCUCGGUCUGAUUGCAUUUUCAUGAAGAAAUGAUCAUAAAGGUUCAGACUUGAGCUGCAUCACCCCACAGAAGUCUGUAAUGGAUUUGUCAGAGUUCUGCCUACAAACAAGCAGCUGCUGGAAGAGAGUGGGGGAGUUGUGUUUAGUCUCUUUGCUAAAGAAAUCUGAUGUUUGGUGGCUAAUGCUAUGGCUGGGACCCUGUAUGUACUGCUGAUGAAGUUAGGUGCUGUUCUGAGCAUUAUUUGUGGCUAAAGAGUGGCGCUUUCUUUGAGGUGUGCGCAUGGAGCCAUAGACCGCUGUGUAUUGCUAUCCUGCGGUCGUUUCUAAAGUUGGUAUAACUAGAGAAGCAAGCGGUCGGCAACAUUCAUCUCUUGGGUGUCUAACCUUGGUGUUGUGAUUUGUUUGACCCUAACUUAAUUUUAAGCCGGAAUAUCCCUUUAACUGAGAAAAAAAUCUCAUCCUGCUGACUUUUGACACCGUAUGUUUAAUCUGUUGUGAGUAGAUUAUGUGGAAAGAGUGAAAUCAGGGCUGUUUCUGUAGCUGCUACCUCCUUGUAAUGGUUAUAGGCGUUAUAACUUAAAGUAUAGAAAUAGUCAAUUUUGUCACCCAUGAUCUUGUGUUUAUUUUAUAUAUCAAAAAAUGACAUCAGUAUGAAUUUGAGUAGAUUUCAUACACAUCAAAAAAUUUCCUCAGAGGAGCUUUAAUAAUUAUAUGAAGUUAAGCUAUAAGCAGCUUCAGACGGCUGAUUUGGAGGUAAAUUUGAAACAGAAACUAAAAGUCAGAGGAGUUAAGCUUUGUUACAGUUUUCUUAAGAAACACAUAACUGCUGUAGCCCUUUGCCUCUAGCAUUUCUAAAUGAGAAAAUAAAAAAUACAGUUUUAUAAAAUCUAGUUUGCUACCAUUCAGUUAACAAUCCAUCAUGUUUAUCUUGUGACUCUCAGUGGAGAGGUCCGGACCUCUAAUUUAGGAAAACACCGUGACCUACAUCUGAAAAGACUGUAAACAAGUGUGCGACUAACUGAACCUCUGGUGCUGUUUUCACCAGGGAUUUUUCACAGAAAUUGUGUUCAUGGCUGGUUAUCUGGUGUUUUCUCGCUCACGGUCGACACAAAGAUCCUCUUGUUAAAUCGACACAAAGCGGACUCUGUCUGUCUCCCCUCUGCUGACACCCAAGGUGAUAAAAGAAGAUAGCCACCAGGAUAAGACGACUCUCAGCCAAGACUUCUUCAAACUCUGCUUAUAUAACCUCCUUGGCAGGCAGAAGUGUAACCCGGGAGUGAGUAAUUUGUUCAUGAUGAGUGAAUUAUUCAGAUUGUAGCACUUAUCGAUAAAGACCAGAGCAUUAAAGCAUUAAAGCUCCAUAUACUGCGACGUAUCUAUAGUAUUUAAGUCUGCAUAUUUCUCAUGAGCUGUAAAGUGUGGUAUGUAAACUAGGACAGAUGCUCUCUGCCUUAUAGUUCGCUGUGGAUGAAUGAGAAUCAUUGUUCUGUAACCUCCUCAGCUGAUCUUCCACCUUGCAGUAACAAAAGAAGCCCCUGUGUGGGGGCAACGGUGAGAAGACUCAACAGAGAAAGGUUAUGCCAAGCAGAAAUCAGAUCAGGUAGAGGCCUAUUGUUCAGUCAGAGGAGAUGCCUCAGGUGAACAGAGAGCAGGAGAUGGAUAAUAAAGGAAGUGUGCUCUGUGCUGACUCGCCCUUUGUGCUCACAGCCUGCGCUCUGCAGUCAGCGGUAGCCUGGUGACUGUCUGGUCAUUCCAGUUUAUCUCCAUGUGCCUGUGUGCUGAUUACACAGCAUGAGGAGCGAGUGAUGAAUGCCAACAUUGUGACGCCUGCUCCAGAGAAGAGCAGACACAGAUAACCAUUGUGGAGAGUCCCUUUUACUUUAAUGGAGACUAUUUUCUUAUCUAAAGCUAGAAAGCUAAAGGUGAAGUCUUUGUAAAUACACCCACUGAUAUAUAUUUUUUUAUCUUUGAGGGGGUUUGAUGGGGAAAUUAAAUCAGUUGUGUGUCCUUUUUAAUACUUUAAAAAAACACUAGUUGUACAAUUUCUAUUACAUCAUUUUAAAUUAUACCACUCAGCUUAAUAUCCUAUCAAGGGAGAGCUAGCUGGUUGAAUGAAGUGCUAGCUUGUGUUAGCAUAACAAACUAACUAGCUAACAAAGACUUGCUAACUGUUUUUUUAACUUCUUAUUUUAAUGAUACACAGAUUGAGUUCUUUAUGAAAUUUUUUUAACAGGUACAGUUGUGAGAGUUUUGGUGCAUCAUUACACCCAGAAUUUAAAUAUGCUUUUUUAAUGAGCUUUAUGAGCAUUAUGCUAACUGCUUACAACAACAUUGCGAUAAGCUAUUGUUUGCUUAAAAUCACAUUAUUACAAAGCCUUAGAGGUGUAUUUUAAGGCUUUUGUAUAAAGUAAUCUAUCUAUCUAUCUAUCUAUCUAUCUAUCUAGCUAGCUAGCUAUCUAUCGUUCUAUCUAUCGUUCUAUCUAUCGUUCUAUCUAUCUAUCUAUCUAUCUAUCUAAUCGUAUUUUGCAGUAUUGGCCUUUUUCCUGACUGGGAACACUGUUGCCUUUAGACUUAGUAAUGCUAGCUCUGCACCGUUGUAUCUAGGGUUUAGGUUACAUUGAGCCAAAUGGCUUUUCUUGCUUAAAUUUACAGUGAACCUUGGCAGAAAGUCAUGGUUAUCAAACUUACUGUUAACAGGCAAACAUGUUUUUUCUACGGACUACGUUUUUUUAUUUUUCCUCUAUUUUCAUCUAAAAAUAUGUUCACGUCUAAUCAGGCCGACUGAAUCUGU